AUGGUAGAGGACAUAUCGAACCUUGGAAUGCCAAAUGAAACCCCAAGUGAAGCUUCAAGCUCAGGUAACUGUUUGAUUACAGUUAGACUUUGACUAUACAUUAGUUUGCAAUUUACGUAUUCGUUUUGGAAGACCAUAUAUUUCUGUGCACACUUUGUAUAGGUACCGUGUGUAAUUGAAUAUAAUUCAUAAAAGCUGGUAGUACCUAAGCUUUAGUUUUUAGGACUUUAAGCUGUUGCGUUUUUUCUAUGGCUUUUUGAAGAGGUAUUAAACGAUUGAGCGAACCUAUAUCAGUUUGCCUGUCUUGGUUGCAGUCGAUAGGAAUUUUUAGUUAUAAGCAUUGUAGAUAAUUUUUUCCGCAUGUACACUGUAUCCAUGUUUUGUAGGCAUGUUUUUUGUUGUAAUAUGGAAUUUUUUAAUUAUUGACAGGUUCUCAAUUGACAGGCGACUCGUAUCCCAAAGGAUCUAUGAACGGUAUGAAUCAGUUAAUAUAAUAAUCAUCACUAUUAUUAUCUCCGCCAGGAAGUUGUGUUUUUAUUUGUUGAUGGACUAUGGUUUGUGUGUGUGUGUGUGUGUGUGUGUGUGUGUUUGUGUGUGUGUGUGUGUGUGUGUGUGUUUGUGUGUGUGUGUGUGUGUGUGUGUGUGUGUGUGUGUGUGUACGUCUGUCUUAUCUUCGUUCUUAUCCUCAUCCUUAUUGUAAUCUUUAGUGCUAUCGUUCACCAUAUCGUUGUUCUUAUUCUCUUUUUUAUUUUUUUAUUUUCAUCCAGGGUGCGAUAAUUCGUACCUGACUGGCACUCUAAUGGUUAUUGCCACGUACUUGAACUGACUUAAGACUCAAGGUGCACUUAGGCAUUAAAAUGAAGUUAAUAAAGUACUCUGAAAGGUAUUCAAUCAAAACUACCAGUUAGAACAAGGAGAGCAAUUACGUAUAGUUACACAAACAUACAGUUGACUCCAACAUUCCUUCGUCCCAUCGGUGCAAUCAUGUUUCAUGCCAAGAUAUGUGAGAGUUGCACAUACAAACUUAAAUUGCGGUUUUGAACACUUUGGGUUUGGAAAGGUCAUGUGGUACCAGCAAAAUGUAAGUACGCAGAUAGCAAGAGUUUCGCGUACCUACAUGUACGUGGUACUUGCAUGGUUGAAAACAAAGAAGUACCAGACCGUAAUAUUGGUGUACUUCCGGUACGUAAGUACGCGAAUUAUCGCACUCUGAUGUCAUCCUUAUCCCUGUCCUCGUCUUUAUUGUUAUUGUUGUUAUAAUUAUUAGUACCAUAACUUUGCUUGGUUGUAGGCAACUAUCAAAAUCUUCAUUUUUUGUUUUUCCCCUUUUAUAACAAAAAAGCCAACAAAGUUCGAAGACUGAAAAAGCGUGGUAAAUCUGUCGAUAUGAUUGCUUUGAAAAACAAAGAUGACGAUGAACCAACAAACACAGGUACAGGUUGUGGUUUGUUGCCAAGGAAGAAAGUGAAUCUUAUAUAAUGACUAACUAUAUCAUGUGAUUUCCGCGAUCAAGCAAUGCAGACGUCAAACUCAACGCGAAAUCAAAGUCCAUAUCUUAAUUUGCGCAGCCUUAUAUCCCGUAUGUAUAAUUGUUUCAUCCGUUUUUCAAGUGCCUGAUGCAGCUAUGGUAGGAGACAGCUCGAACUUUGGAUGGCCCAAUGAAACCUCAAGUGAAGCUUCAAGCUCAGGUAAUUGUUUGGUUACGGUUGUCUAUACAUUAGUUUGCAAUUUAUGUUUCCGAUUUUAGAAGACCAUAUAGUUACAGGGUGUCCUGAAAAAAAGUAUACUUUUUGAAAUCAAGCCUUUUUUGGAAUUUGAAUGCCUUAUUACUAUGCUGAACUCAGGGGUGUGUACCUUUUUAUGCAUGACGAAGUUAUUUAAAUUAAAAGUUUAAUUUGGUUUCGUCCAACAUAUGAGUUAUGUGCUGAACAAAGGGUAUGACUAAUUUGUAAUUGAAAAUUUUGAUGCAGUUAUGCUCUUUAAUUCAUACGAUUAGAAGCUAUUUUAAAUUCCCAAGAGUGGAAAAGCUUGUACUUAACGCUUGGAGUUAUUUAUUAAGGUCUCGUUUUUCAAUACACCGAUUUUAGAAGACCGUAUAUUUCUGUGUACACUUUGUAAGUACCGUGUGUGUUUUCAUCAGUAUUUUUUGCAGCAUUUUAUUGAAUAUAAUUCAUAAAAGCUAGUUUGAAAGCUCGUGCGUGAAAAUCUUUAAACAAAGUAGACUCGUAUAUGCAUGCCCGAGCGCCACGUGCGAGCGCGAAAGAUUUUCACGCGCGGGCUUUCAAACCUUUCCAAGCUAUGAGACUACAUAAAAGAGACAAAUACCACGCAUUUUGGGGCUGUCUAUGCGUUCACACAACGAUCUAUCGGGACGAUUUCAGGUUUUGCCGAAUGUUAAUGACGAAUGUUGUCAGCUGACGAUGUCGUCAUGCAGAUGACGUUGACAGCAUAUUUUUCAAAUAUAAUCUUGAAGUUUCUUUGCCAGGGUAGGCAGCGCCAAAUUUACGAUACAAGCUUUCGUUGGUAGGGAUGUAACUACCUAAAAUAUAUAAGGAGAAUUUCGACGUUUUGAGCGAAGGCCCUUCGUCUGGAGUUAUUAGCGGGGGUAGGGAAAAUUACAUGAGCUUUUAUACUAAGAAUAUAAAAGCGAUCAAAAUAAACCAAUCAGAUGGAUUUAGUUAAAACAAAGUAUAAACAAAAAAUGUAAAUCACAUUACAGAAUAUAUUAAUUCAAUUAUACCGCAGAAAACACAGCAAAUACGACAAAAUAUAUGAAAGAAUUAGGGAACAAGGCAAGCAUUAAAAGUGUGUCUGCUUUAGACAGGUAAAGACAGAUAGAGUUAAACAUUGGAAAAACGUUCAUUAAUCAAAUGUCUUCCAGUUUCUCCAAUAUAAAGCAUGCCACAUCGGGUCCUACUAAAUACUGCCCGGGGACGCCUGGAAGCGCCAGGAAGCGCGUGAGGACGGCCGGGGAUAUACAAGAUAGCAUAAAUCAGUGCACGAUCCUUUUUGAGUCUUUAUGAGGCAUUAUAUUAAUGAAAAAUAGUAUUAUACUAUCUUGAAUAUCCCCGGGCGUUCUCGCGCUCCAGGGCUCUCUGGGCAGUAUUUAGUAGGACCGAUUUGGAGAUUACCGAAUUGAGAUGUUCGCGAGUGAGUCAUGAGACAUCCGACAUCCGAAAAUCGAAAUUGUCCCAUUGUCGACCAUACAUAACUCGGUCAAAACAUAAUUAAUGGUCAAAACCUGCAAGAAUAGGUGUGCCAAAAAGCCAAUAUAAAACAAUAUAAAAGCUUUAUCCCUAACACAGGGCAUACUUCGAAACCCGGACUCUAAGAAAAUCAGGAUUUGAGAAAAAGCCCGGAACCCAACUCGAAAAAUAUCCGGACUCGUGUACUUUUGAAAACCCAGACUCGAAAAAGAAGAAACUGGAUUCAAAACAAAGACUCUGUGUUCGAGAAUGUAAAGAUUUUUUUGAUAACAAUAAUCCUGUAUGUACAAUAAUCCAAUAAUCAUAAUCCAAUAAUCCAAUAAUCCUGCUGUACGCGUAAAAACGCACAGCUUGUAACAAGCCUGCAAACAAGUUGUUACAAGUCUGUUCACAAGCUGUCAACAAGUUGCCUUCGUACUGAUUGUUCCCAGUUUGUUGUAACAAGUUUGGAACAAGCUCUUAACAACUUGUAACAAGCUUUAUGGCAUUAUCAGCCUUGUUACAAGGCUGUGCUAACAACUUUGUUACAGCCAUGAUACAACAAGGAUGUUACAAGGUUGUCAACACAAAGUUGUAACAAUCUUGUUAUAUCAAGCAUGUAACGGACUUGUCAGAACAACCUUGCAACAAGUCUGAUAAUUUCGACACGGUUGUUACAAGUUGUCAACAAGUUGUUCCAAACUUGUUGACGGCUUGUUGGCAGACUUGUUACAAGAUGUGAGAUUUUUAUGCGUGUAUCUAAAAUAAAUUUCUUGACCCCCCCCCCCCCCCCACAUGCAAUCCGAGAAUACAACGAUGAAUCAUCGUUGUUAAUUGUAUUAAAACUUUGUACAACGAGGAGCCUUUGUAAUUUGUAUCAUCAUGUUUUGUUAAGGCAAUGAUCGUAUAGCACCACCACCAGAACUCAAUUUCACACUCCCGACAGCGAGUGAUUUUGAUAGUGAACCAUAUGACUGUUCAAGCAAUGAGAUUCAGUCGCAACUACCAACAGAUAUUCUGCUAAUAACAGCAAAUGAUCAUGAAUUCAAUGCUUGCUAUUCAUAUAUGAAACAUGUUCAACGAGGUUAUUCUACGAAACUGGGAAUGGUAGAUUUUGGUCGAUUUGGUGAUCAGAAUAACCCGAAUGUGAGAGUUGCAUUGAUGAAAUCUUGGCAGGGACCGAUUGAGGCUGUGAUAGCAGUGAGAAAUGCCGCUGAAAUUUUACACCCAAAAGUAGUCCUCUUUGUCGGGAUCUGUGCAAGCAUGGAACGGGCGAAGGCAAAACUUGGCGAUGUCGUGAUUUCUGCCAAACUGGCGACUUAUGAUGAUAAGAAAUUCAAGGCAGAUGGUACAGUUGAGUAUCGCGGGACUAAAUCGAACGUUAGUAAAAAUAUGUCUCGUCUUAUAAUCAAUGCAGCUCAUGGUUGGAAACCACCGUUAAAAGACCCGAAAAGUUUAGACGUUGAAGUUCACCCUGAUGCUGUGAUGUUAAGUGGCUCGGAUUUAGUUAAUAAUCGUGAAAGAGGACAAGAGUUACUGGAUUCGUUCCCGGACGCACUUGGUCUUGAAAUGGAGGGUGCAGGUAGGAACUUCCCGUGUCAUUCAAGCCUUCCACACCAAUUAGGCUUCGAAUGGUGUAUCAAUCUGUCAACCUGUUAAAACAAAUUCCAGAGGGGGAGGGAACUUAAAGGAAAAUGUCAAUAUAAAAUUUUUAAUCUUGUUUCUAAAACUUUCACCUUUGUUGUUCGUAACUUAUUACUUAUUUUUAUUUCUCAAGGAUUUAUACAAAAGGUUAAUUUAAUUUAAUUUGCAACGUUUCGGACAUUUUAAAUGUCCGUCUUCAGACGACAAUUGUUGUUAAUAUUAACUUAUUUUAACAACAAUUAACAACAAUUGUCGCCUGAAGACGGACAUUUAAAAUGUCCGAAACGUUGCAAAUUAAAUUAAAUUAACCUUUUGUAUAAAUCCUUGAGAAAUAAAAAUAAGUAAUAAGUUGUAAAAUUUUUAUUUUCUCAUUUGAAAGAACUUUUGUAACUAUAUAUUAACUUCUUUUACCGAUUGUUCAUAUCUUGCUUAGUUCUUGAAAUAAUUUCACUUGAAGUAAUGAGAUGUCCGCCAUCUUGGAUAAAUUUUUGAUCUCAUUAACGGUAGUUUUGGUGACGUCACAACGGAAGAAGUUAUUUCGUUGACCUCAGAAUGACAUUUUGUCAAAAUAUUUUCUUCAAGAUUGGUUUAGAAACAAACUUGGAGUAGGGUUAGGUUAGGUUAGGGUUAGGUCAAGGACCUUGACCUAACCCUACUCCAACUUUGUACUUGAGGAUUAGGGUUAGAGGUGGUGUUUGGAAUAGGGUUAGUGUUAGUAUUAAUAAAACCGUUGCUUUGUUACGUUUUGUCACUCUGAGGCCAGCGAAAUAAUCUCUUCCUGUCACAACAGGGAUAAACUACAUAAAAGUAUUCGUUGCUAACCAAAUAUUGAUUGAUACAUGUUUUAAAGGUUUUGAGUGAUCUUCAGUAUUGCGAAGGGCCGACGGAGUAUAGUUUUGAGUGCAAAAUGAUUAGUGGUUGUCUAGAUAAAAAUAUCGCGUGACCCCUGUUGUGACGUGACAUGCAUAUCUACAAAAAUUGAAGAUGGCGGACAUUUCAUUCCUUUCGAUCAAAAUAUUUUGUAGAAGUAAGCAAGAUAUGGAAAAAAACGGUAAAAGAGUAUUACGUAUAUUCCUAAAAGUUUUUUCAAAUGAGAAAAGAAAAACUAUAUUGUCAUUUCUCUUUAAUGGGGGAUUUCUAGUGUCUUUAAUACUGAACAGAAAUUAACUGAGAUUUUUAACCCAAAACAUGAUUGGGCUUGAUGCGCUAUUACUGCAAAAUGGGUUAGUGUUAUGCCUGACAUGAACACACGAUUUUUGUGCUUAAAUUUUAGGUCUACAUGCUGCUGUGUAUGAUCUUGGCAUAGAAUGGGCUGUAAUUAAAGCAGUGUCGGAUUUUGCUGACGGAAGUAAAGAGAAAACAAAACUUUGGCAGCCAUUUGCCAGCGCAAUAGCGGCGUCUGUUGUAUAUAAUAUGUUUCAAUAUCCUGUUGUGCUAAAAGACUGGCGUCACUACAACGCAGAAGGUAGCUAUUCUGUUAUACCGACUCCACACGUUUUCAUCGACACAGACUGGACGCGAUUCGGCAACGCGACGCGAAUUUUUAGUUUUCAAAAACAAAUAAAACCGUCAACACCAACGGAUAAAAAAUUUACAAGAUAUGCAGACCAAAUAGCUAAAAUUGCUUAAGUAGUUCCGAAUAUUUGAAAAACAUUGAAAAAUAUUAAAGCUAAAUGUCAUUGAAAGCUGAAAGUUCGCGUCACGUUGCUAAAUCGCGUCCUGUGUGUAUGGACCUUUAAGCUACGUUUAAGGCCCGGUCACACUACACAACGAUAACGAUACGAUAAAUUGUAAACACGCGAUAAUUGCCGAAAAAAUUGUGUUAGUGACCACGCAACAACGAAAAUGAUAAAAUUAUCGUUAGACGAUAACGAUUUUAAAAUCGCUCACCUGAGCGAUUUUUUUUUCAGUCUGACGAUAACGAUAAAUUUUUUACCAAUCAGCGCGCGUAUACAAGUUAUCGUAUCGUUAUCGUUGUGUAGUGUGACCUGGGCUUUACACGUACGCUACGAUUUGUCAUGUACGAUUCGUAUUUUGGCGUAUUAAAAUGAGUGCUGGCGCUAUAAUUCAUUGCCGUUUCGUUGAAAUGAAAUUUCAAAUUUAGCCCCAGAAUACGAAUCGUACACGACAAAUCGCAGCGUGCAAACGUAGCUUAAAGCUACGUUUACACACAACGGUUAAUCGCGACGAUUUCAGGUUUGUUAUUGACGAAUGUUAUUGACGAAUGUUGUCAGUUGGCGAUGUCGUUAGAUGACGUUGAUAUCAGUGCGUUGACAGCGUAUUUUUCAAAUAUCGUUUAUUUAAAGCGGAAUCGGGCCAAUUAAUCAUUGUGUGUAAACGUACCUGGUUAUUGCCGCGUACUUGAACUGUUGCGACUUAAGGUGGAUUCAUCGGUAAUUGUUGUGGAAAUGAGAAUUUGCUGAAACUUCUUAUAGGAGUGAAGUUUAUGAUAUGCUCAUAAUAAAACAGAAAAAAAGUUGGGGUCAUCGAACUCGUUUUCGAAGAUAUGACAAGUGCAAUAUGCCACCUUUUCCCCAAUAUGGCGCCAUCUUGACCCUUUUACCAUUUACAGGAACAAUAGCAAUUGCACAACCGUUACUGAAUUUUUUAACAAGGAUCCUAUUAAAAAUGUCUAUCUAGUGAUUAUAUACAAGAAAAGAUAGUAUUUUAGCGAAUCAAAAACCAUUGACGUGCAUUGUCGUGGUGCAAACAUGUCUUUCCAAUCUUCUCAGACAUGUUAUUAUGCGCGACAAAGGUAAAAUACAAUAAAACUCCGCAUAUAAGAACCUAGAAUUUAAGAACCUGUUAGGCUAAACUAUUUUAUUUAGACCCCCUUUAAAUAAAAACCUGCUCAGGUUAGAAUUUCAAAACUGAUUCUUAUAUCAGAUAGAGUCAAAAUUAAGUCAUAAGUCACAAUCAGUGUAGCUUUAACGCUCUAUAGUUGGUAUGGUGCAUAUACCGUCAUUUUUUAGAUUAUUUGUGUACAAUUUACACAAAUCAUAUACCAUACCUCCCUAAAAUGAGUGGCUUUUCUGUUAAGAAAAUGAGAACUUAUUUAAGAACCUGUUUAGCCUAAUUUCCUGGUAAGCACCAUUUACAGAUAAGAACCUGUUUAGGCUAACUUCGAAAAUCUAGGUUCUUAUAUGCGGGGUUUUUACUGUAUUAUAAGUUGUAGAAAUGAUUUAUCUCUUAUUUUCUGAAAUGACGUGUAAAACAUGUUACGAGGCUUUAUUUAGGUAGUGAAUCGUUACAGGUUCAUCAUUUGUUACGGUUCUAAUUGUUCAUUCAUUCUUCUUCAUUCUGAGUUUCGUUCUUCUGUUUUUAUUCUGAGUUCUGCUUGACUUUGCAUCCACUGUUAGUUCUGCAUUCCCAGCUAGUUGAGCUGGCCACCUCCUUUUAUACUAACGAUCGAGGGGAACCUUGCGCAUGUGACUACGAAAGUGGGGUGAUUCAAGUCCAACCAAUCAGCACCGAGGUGGUGUACUUUGGAACUCUUGCACCAGCUCUCUAUCUUUGUUUAUUCAAGGCGUCGCCGUACUUCUCAAGUCGGUUAUAUGCUCGGUUGAUCAAAUUUAAGAAUGUUCUUAACUAACUUAAAUUCAUCUUAUAGGAAAAUGUUCAAACUAUAAGUAUAUAAACCAUAUUUUACGAAUUUAUAUUACCUAUUUAUUAAAGGGAACUACGCUUUUGAUGACGUAAUAUUUUAAUUGAUUUUAAUAUUUAAUGACCGAGUGUUAUCUACACACGUAAAAAUCUCACUACGCUUUUGAUGACGUAAUAUUUUAAUUGAUUUUAAUAUUUAAUGACCGAGUGUUAUCUACACACGUAAAAAUCUCACAACUUGUCAACAAGAUGUGUUCGCAACAGGCUUGUAGCAAACUUGUCAACAAGAUGUGUUCGCAACAGGCUUGUAGCAAGCUUGUCAUCAAGUUGUAACAAUGCAAUGCUUCAAUGCUGUUAUUUUAGCAAGUUGCUUUCGCAACAGGCUUGUAGCAAGCUUGUCAUCAAGUUGUAACAAUGCUGUUAUUUUAGCAAGUUGCUAUAAAGUUAUCACUCACAACUUUUUGAAAAGUUGUUGAAUUGCAGGGACCGGUUGUAUAAAACUCUUAAUCACUUUUUAAUCACUAUUUUGUAGUUAAAUAGUGAUUAACUCUCAAAUAGGCGCUUCUUAUUGGAUGACAUUUCCAUUUAACUAUGAUUAACUUUAAUCACUUUUUUAUACAACCGGCCCCAGGACGAUAACAAGUUGCUGGAACAACUUGUAACAAGUCUGUUGAACUUAACAACCUUGUAGCGAGUUACUUGUCAACAAGCUGUGAACAAGCAGUGCGAACACAUCCUGUUGAAAAGUUGUUGGAACAGCAUUGCUACAAGUCUGCUGCAGGUUUGUUACAACUUGUGCGUUUUACGUGUGUAGUUUGGGAUGAUUCAUUUUUAAGCCUAGAGCCUGUCCACGUGAAAGGCCAAUGUUCAUGAGACCUCAGGCAGCUGCUGUUUUUAAACAAAUCUGCCCACAAGAUAAACUAUAGGAAACAGGUCAAUCACAACAUGACAUCUUCACAUACACAAUGGCAGCUAGUCUAACAAACUGUCAUAGCCCAAUGGAAGAAAUAAUGAAUGUUUUCCGAAUGACCGAAAUAUUCUGACUGGAACACUUCUUAUAAGCAGUUAUUAGAAUGGGCUAAGCUACCUGGUACCUUAUUAAAUAGAAGACUGCAAGAUAUUGCGACCAUCAUGUAUAAGGUCAAAUCUAAGAUCUGCCCAACUUACAUGUUAGACAUGUUUUCCAGAAACUCAACAGUAUGUAACCUAAGAGUAAAGGAAUUUUGUAUCUCUAGAUUUGAUACAGCGAACUACGGUAAAUAUUCUCUUAAGAACAACGGUAAAUAUUCUCUAAACAUAAGAACAAUUCAGUCAUUAAAAUUAUUUAAAAGAGAAAUUAGAAAAUUAGAUUUAGAGACUUUAAUGGCUAGUGAUGACUGUAGGAACUACUCAGUAUGUAGUACAUAUUGUAAAUAUUUUAGCUGUAGGAAUUUACCUACCUAGAAAUUAGUUAUUUAUUUAUGUAGAUAGUGUCCUUACUUAGUGGUUUUAUACUGCUAUCAUUUUUUUGACAUUUAAAUAAAGUUGUUAUUAUUAUUAUUAUUACUUUCCUUUGACUUGUGGCAAAAUAUCCAUUAUCUCCUUUCAUUAUGCUUAGGAUAAUAUUUGCUUGCACGAACAUUUUACCUGCUCUCAAGCAAACAUCAUCUUAUAUUUUAUUUUUUAUCUAAAAUUUUAUGUAUAAGAGAGUGUUCCGUAACAAACGUAUGGAAAAACAAAAAUGGAAAAUAAGAAAGUGGGGUCAUGGACCUUUUUGAAGAGAUGCAAGGGUUAAACAUACAGCAUGAUGUGGUUUACAAUAUUAGUUUAACAGGAACCCUAGCCAGAGUUCUGUCAUUUUUGAAGAAAUAUUUCCUGAAGCACGCCUAAUCAAUGCAGAGUGUUUUUCUCUUUGCCCUUACUCUUUCUUUAUCACUUCGCAUUGCAGUUCGACUACAUAUAUUAGCUGGAACUUGUUAUUAGAUAUGCGCAGUAAAAGUGCGCAAUGCAAACUGAUGAGUGACCUUUAGACUCCAGGUGUACUUAGUCAUUAAAAUGAAGUAAAUAAAGUACAGAUAUCUGAAAGGUUUCAUUCAGUAACCUCUGAAAUUACAACUUCGAACAAGGAGAAUAAUUGCAUAGUUACACAAACAUACAGUUGACACAUACAUGCAUGAGAUACUUAUGACGUAUCAUUUAUUUAACAAAUAUAAAACAUUUUCCGUGUUGAUAUACAAUUAUAUCAACACCAGUUGGAAUUGGGAAAACUAGAAAUUGUAUGGAAACACGACGCCCAAAGGGCGGAGUGUUUUCAUACAAUUUCGAGUUUUCCCAACUUCCACGAGUGUUGAUAUAACUAUAUAUCAAUACGGAAAAAAUGUUUUAUAUUUUUUUUAUAAUAUAGCAAUGUCAAAAGCCCGAAGGAUAAGAAAAAUUUCCAUGUUUACAAGCGGCGGAAAAUUUCCCGUGUUGACAUUGAGUUAUAUCAACACGGCUCUUAUCCAAUCAGCGUUCAGAAUUUACAAAUGCUAUAUUAUAAAUACGUAUCUCAAGCGGAUUGAAAAUAACCCCAGAAAAGUCAUUUACACAUUAUAGCAGUGGUAAGCAACAUUAUUUCUCAAUUUAAUGCAAUAUUUUAGCAUGUUUUGACAAUAUAUGUCAUACUGAAGCUAAUAUAAAAAUACAAAUAUACCCCAACCACAUGUGAGCUUUGGAUGCCUGUGAAUAGAAAAUAUGGAAUGUUAAAGUUUUUGCAAUGGGUAUUACAAACUUAAGUUGUCAUUUGUUUCGCCUCUGGUUAUUCCGGCUCUUGCAAUACUUGGUCAACUACAUAUAGAUUAUAGGUAUGUUUAUUACGAGGCAAUAGCCUAUACUAUAGGUAAAUUAGAAACAUUUGAAAAUCUUGAUGUUUUUUUUAAUGUUUCGCUGUUUGUCCAGCUUUGGAAAUAGUUCUCACAAAGCAAACAUAUUUCCCAAUAAAUUCAGAAACAUAUUUUGUUUCUCCACGGUGAUUUGUCUAAUGGAACAAUUGUUUCUUGUUUGUCCACUUUCGAGAAGAGGGCUGUAGCAGACAUUAGGGCCAUUUAUACGUGACAAAAUAAGUCACGACUUACAUAAGACGCGACUUAAAUAAGUGGAGUUAUCGCAUAAAUGGUUCUCUACGGCUUUGGUCUUAUUUAUUUGCUAUAGCUAUAAUGUUGUUUUGGUUGUUCUUGUUUUAAUAUGCAAGGAAUUAAAUUUUACGUUGUUUCAAGUUUCUGGCAUGUGUAGUUAGACUUUUUGUCCAAAAUUUGUUAUUUAAGACGCGACUUAAAUAAGAACAGCUAAAAGACCUGUUCUUAUGUAAGACGCGUCUUAUCCAAGAGUCGUCUUACAUAAGAAUUUUGUACCUUUUAUACGACAAACUCGCGUCUUACUUAAGUCGCGUCUUAUGUAAGUCGCGUCUUAUUUUGUUCCGUAUAAAUGGCCCUACAAAUGUUUCAUGGUUUGCUCACCUUCGAGAAACAUAGCUUGGAAACAAUGUUUCCUGGUUUGUCCACCUUCGAGAAACAUAGCUAAGAAACAAUGUUUCCUGGUUUGUCCACCUUCGAGAAACAUGGCUUGGAAACAAUGUUUCCUGGUUUGUCCACCUUCGAGAAACAUGGCUAAGAAACAAGGUUUCCUGGUUUGUCUACCUUCGAGAAACAUGGCUUGGAAACAAUGUUUCCUGGUUUGCCCACCUUAAGGAAACAUGGCUAGGAAACAAUGCUUCCUGGUUUACCCACCUUCGGGAAACAUGGCUAGGAAACAAAGUUACCUGGUUUACCCACCUUCGGGAAACAUGGCUAGGAAACAAUGUUACCUGGUUUACCAACCUUUUGAAAUAUAAUAAUUUCUGAAGAAAGUCUAUCUUGUCUUUUAUUAUAGACACCGUUGAUUCACAAAAACCAUCAAAGAAAAAAAAGAAGAAGCGAGGAAGAUCACACACAAAUCGCCGAUGAAUGUCAUCGAAAGAAAGCCUUAUGUGUAGUUCUUGUGCUUCAAAAGACGAAACACAGCUUUCAAGUGACCGAGAGAAAUGGCCCAUUGGUAAAAUCGAAAUUGGUUGUUUUGACGAAAUUUGCAAACUACUCGAGUUAGCUUAUUGCAGCAAGAAACCACUUAUGAACGCUUUAGGUAGCCUCGAACAAACAAUGGCUGCAGGUAUUAAAAUAACAUACGAAGUAAAGGGAGGAUCGGGGACUGCCGAAGUGAUACUCGGUAAGUGGGGAUCAUCAAAUCAAGAAAAUAAUGUGGGGGGCUCUUAAGAAGAUUCUUAAAGAUACCAUGCAAAGGGAUGAUGUUGUUGUCGAGAUAGCACUACUGAAUGGAAAUCAAUAUUACCAUUUAGCAAAAGGAAUAGAUCACACAUAAUAAAUUACAAAAUUAACUAACUAAAAUACCACAAUCAAUAUCCCAAAUUACCAUGUUAUUUAUCUGUCUGUACAAACACAUCAGCUUUUAUUUGGCCGUUAUAUUUGGCAUAGCCAAAAUGUUAUUAAUUUUGUGCACUUAAUAUUUAUGGUAAUUUCAUUUAAUUUGAAAAAAUCAUUUAGUUAUGCCUAAUAUAAUUUUAUGACUUCUAUAUGAUUAAAAGCAAUAGCACCUAAUUAUAAAAUUAAUUAACUACGACCACGAAUAUGUCAAUAUUCUUAGAUCCUUUUAGAGACAGUUGUGUAUAGUAUUUUAAUAUUCUUAAAUUAAUAUUCUUAUAACAACAUAAAACGCUCACUGAGUUUCCAGCGAUAUACAUACCCUUUUCUAGAUAUAUACCUAAUAACAAGUGGCAUUCACUUUGAACGUUCGUUCAUGCGCAGUUGUUCAAUCGUUCUCCCGUAAUGGUUGAAUAAAUAAACCUUUGUGUGUGUGUAUUCUUUCCUUUUAAGUGCCCAUCCAGGGUCACAAGGCCUGGACAUUUACUAUAUGUGACAAUGGUAAAUGAGCUCACGAGUGGAAGGAAUACUUUUCGUUCGUUCGUUUAUUAUUAUUAGGUAUAUAUCUAGAAAAGGGUAUGCAUAUCGCUGGAAACUCAGUGAGCGUUUUAUGUUGUUAUUUUAUUUCCUGAGUACGGGUCUUCGACCAAUUUCAUAUUGUUAAUAUUCUUAUAUUAAUAUUCUUAGUUAGUGUAUAAUAUUAUAUAUUCUUGGAUCCUUUUAGAGAUAGUGUAUAGUAGUUUAAUAUUUUCUUAACUUGUAAAUAUAAGCGUAAUUCAGCCUAUUGGCUGCAAUGUUUUUAUGAAAUAAACCAUCUAUCUUUCUAUCUACAGGGUGUAUCAGAAAAAGUAGACAAUUUUGAAACCGCCGGCUCUCAAUUUCUCAAUUCUGUUCGUGUCAUGAAAUUUUUGAUAAAUAUAGAUUGAUUGGGUAUAAUGUAGAAUAAACAAAGCAAUUUCGUAAAGAUAAAUUUUCCAGAGCAGGGGAUGGGGAUAUCUUUUUUUAGCAGCAUUAAAUAUAGCUUGCGCGCAAAAUUUGAAAGAUUGAAACAUAUUUUGAGUUCAUGGGCGAAAAAUUUGUUAUGUGUUGUAUUAAUGGCCCAUAAUGUUUUUACAAUCACAAAAUGCAAAUUAGGUAAAUGCAUGAUUUAAGCAUGCGUGAAAGGCAUUGGUGCCAAAAAAUGAAAGUUUCAGCAGCUAUUUGAAGAACUUAAGAGCAAAUUUUCUGAUAUUUGGACCAUUAAUAAAACACAUAACAAUGUUCUCGCCCAUGAACUCAAAACGCGUUUUAAUCUUUUGAAUUUCGCGCGGCGCAAAAACUAUUAAACUUUUGAAUUUCGCGUGGUAAAACUAAACUAUUGCCAUUUCAGAAAUUCUACACAUUUGGUGAAUUUCGAUUCCUAAAGGCCCCUUUUAGAUUCGCAAAUUUUUGCUGCGAUUUUAAGUGCGAUUUUCUUCUUCUGAUGGAUGUGAACGAGUGAAUGAGUUAUGAAUGUUGAGAUGAGGGUACAUAUACUCAGAACAUUCAUAACUCAUCUACUCAUUUACAUCCAUCAGAAAACCACAGAAUCUAAUGGCUCUUUAAUAAUUUGAGGUUAAUUCCACGUUUUUAAUUAAUUCAGAUACAAUUUAAUUCUCACGUGGUAGUUUCUAUAAUACUUCUGAACACUUUUCUGUUAUACUGGUAAGAUUCCCUGAUAUGAUACUUUUUGUGGUAACAUUCCCUGAUAUGAUACUUUUUGUGGUAACAUUCCCUGAUAUGAUACUUUUUGUGGUAACAUUUCCUGAUAUGAUAACUUUCCCUGAUAUGAUACUUUUUGUGGUAACAUUCCCUGAUAUAAUAACAUUCCCUGAUAUGAUAACAUUCCCUGAUAUGAUACUUUUUGUGGUAACAUUCCCUGAUAUGAUAACAUUCCCUGAUAUGAUAUUUUUUGUGGUAACAUUCCCUGAUAUGAUACUUUUUGUGGUAAUAUUCCCUGAUAUGAUACUUUUUGUGGUAACAUUCCCUGAUAUGAUAACAUUCCCUGAUAUCAUACUUUUUACUUGUAUCCUGGUAAAAUUCCCUGUUAUGAUACUUUCUACUAGUAUCCCAAAGGUCGCGGGUUCGAUUCCCACCGUGGUCAGGCAAACUUUUCAGCUUAAUUGGCCGGUGGAUGGACAUUCAGAGUAACAUCACAAACAUCAUUCCCUGACAUGACUGAAUGAAUCAUAUAUGCACCCUUGCCCGUCCCUAUAACAUACAUGUUUUUACAUUAUUAAUAUGGCAUUGCUUCUGUAUAGUUUUCCUUGGUUGUGUGGAGCGUAUGGGCUGGUUGGUUGAAACAAAAAGAUCCCUCGUCCACAUUUGUACCUCACAGUUAAAAGAAGAGUGAAGAUAUCGUUUGUACGACAUGAACUUGAAGAGAAAUUCAAGUGUGACGAUGCUAAGGAACACUUUGAACUCCUUCAAGAACGUGAAAGAAAAUCAAAAAUUAAAUAUUUGGGUCUCUUUUCAAGUAAAUUGAGAUGUAAAUCAUCUUCUGUCUCACCGACACCUGGUGGUGGUGUAUUAGCUUGCAGUAACCCCAGUUAUAACAAUAAAAACCCUUUACGAGUGGCUGAGGAAAACGAGAAAGAUGAUGUACCUCAUCUCCAGGGAACUGGGACUUUAACCAUGUUUUGCGCCCUCAGUGGACAACAUUAUGCACUCACUUGCUUUCAUGUUGGUUGUGCAACGCGGUUGUUGAAACGCCGCAUUCAAUAAAGUAGAAGAUGUUCAGAAGAUGCGCAAUUCACUUCCAGCUUAUGAAAGUUAUGCAAAGAAACAGCAAUAUUAUUUUACACAAGGCAAUACAGAGAACGACAAUGAGCCCAUCUUAUUUGGAGACAAUGGAACGGACCGCACGCCUCUUGGUGGUUUUGACAAUUAUCAUUUUGACAACGAAUGUGACAUUUUGUCUCUAAAAGUUUUGGAUGGCAUUAAAAUUGAUUGCAAAAUAGCGGAUGCAACUUCUCCAGAUUGGGAUAGUAUAUGGGUGAAUUGUAUGAGAGUGAUAGUAAUCCAGUGGAAGUGGAGAAAAUCGGUUUUACGUCGGCGUUAACUCAUGGCCAUAUUGUUCCUUGUGAUUUUAGUUACAGCCAAGAACAAGGGCCAUUAUUCCAGGAUGCAUUUGUCGUUAAGGGAUGUAGUGGUCCAUUCUUGGAAGGCAGUGACUCGGGUUCUCUCGUUUUCUUUCAUGACAAUAAUAACCAGAAACAGGUGUUUGCCUAUGGGGUUUGCGAAGUGGAUGAGCUUUUCUUACCAGAAGAGCACGAGUCAGCGAGUUCUUGCAGUGUUGAUGAAGACGAGUCUGAGUCUAAACAGGAAAUGGAGGAUGAGAAUGAAACUACAUCUGAGUGUUCUGAGGCUGAAUGUAAGGAUGAAAAAAGUGAAGAUGGAUGGCAGGAUAAAGAUAAAUUGGAAUGUGAAGAAGAAUGGGUUGUUUUUCAGGAAGAAAGUGAGAGCGACAUUUCGGAGAAGGAAAUGGAGAGAGAAGAAGAAAGAAAUUCCAAGAAGAAAGUGGAAGCGUCAGGGCCAUACUUCAUCUGUCUUAGAUUAGAUAUGGCUUUAGAAAACCUAGGACUUGAGAAAGCAGCUUGUUUUCACAAUUGUGGCUGUAACUGAAAAUUUUGUGAAUCAUCUUCCAGAUGUUCAUGUAUAUGCGGACGAUUCUGAUUUUUAUCUUUUAUUCAAGCCAGAUGGCGAAGUGAGUUAGGCCGCGGCAUUGAAUGCGAUGGAACGCUGGGUGAAUAAGUAAGUGAACUUCAUUGAACCACGGUGAACUCAUCAGGAUUUUACACGCCAAUUAUAGAAUAGAAUAAAAGUUGCAUAUUACAAAUUUUGUAUCCAUUUAUAAAAAUACCUGUUUUCUAUGAGUGCCGUGCAAUUGCUAAUAUAAAGUUUGAAAAUGAUCGUAUGAAGUUGCUGCAGUCAGACUUGAAUUUAGGUAAAGUGUUAGCUUGUCGUAUCUCGGCUGGAAGGGUGUUCCACAGUACCGCCCCACUGGAGCUAAAACUAUUUUUCAUUGGGUGGUUGAGAUAAAGCUAAUGUGCCUCCGGUGUCUCCAGAGUGGUGUCUCUCAAUGAUAAUGUAUACUUUGUAGAGGUAAUCACAGGGGAAGGAGUGCCAUUAAUAGCUAGCUUAAGCAAACGACGUUUUUUUCAACAUGGACGUCAGAUCAAGGCAUUUUUUAAGAAUUUGUGAGUGGCGAGGGGGGGGGAUUUAGAAAAAGGGACCAUACUAUGCCGAGUGGGAGAAAUGAUAGAUGGUUUGUUGGUAACAAAAAGUUUGGUGUAGUAUCGCAUUUAAUAUAUAGUAUCCCAGAAAAUUUUUGUAUUUUUCUACCUUUAUGACUGCAAUUGCCUGCAUUUUCUGAAACAGAUUUUAGGAUAUACAGCAUUACGUUAUGCUGUAGAUAGACUGAACCUUCAGUUAAGUACUUGCAUAGUAUGUUUAUGUAGAUACCACAACUUGGCCGUCACUCAGGGAGCGGAGAAGGCCUGACUGCCACGAAGCGCGACCAUGGUUGGCACAGAGCGGAAAAAUUUUGAAAAUUUUGCGUCUCUAAAUCGUCGGAAACGGCAUUUUCAAAGUCUUCUCUACGUCUUUUGUUGGUCCCUUUCAUUAAUUCGUUCAUUAUGAUUUGUGAGUCUAUGCUAUCCACGAGAAAUGUUGUUAUCAAUAUAUCGAUUACAGAUAUUUGAUUAUAUAUAUAUAUACUUCUAGUUUCAAAAUCAAUUGGGUUUUUUUUGCGGGGGCCAAAAUUAUCCCCCCCCCCCCUUACAAAACUCUUGGUUCCACUUAUAAUCCACUGGAAAAUGUUUAAAUUCUAAUAAGGUAAUUACAACACAAUGUUUAGCAGGACAUAAGAUUCACAAAGCAAAUUUCAGUUACUGGAAUAUUAAACCUCCCUUCUAAAUUCCAUAUUUUGCUUACAUUUUAGAGAAAAGGGACUUUAACUGGCGCGGGGGGGGGCAAAAUUGUUGAGUGGGGGGCACCAUGAGGGCUGGGGGGGGGGCUUUGGCCUCCCCAGUUAUAUAGUUAAAAAAUGCCCUGCGUCAGAUUGCCGAUGGGGGACUGACUAAAAACUGUGUUUGUAUCAGUUUGUAGUAAUCUUCAUCACAUGUAACAAAACAUAAGAUUUUAGUUGAAGUUUUUUGCGUCCUUACACGAGCGCUAUGAUGCAAAAUACCGUCAAAAUUAGUCAUACCAAUUUUCAGGUGACGUCCGUGUUGAGAAAAACGCGGGUUGCUUCAGCACACUAAUGAUUAACACUACGAGUGAUAUUUGAAAAAUGUGCCAAAAUUGCACGAGCCGCCGAGGCGAGUCAGAUCCUCAUUCUGUGACAUAGUCCAUUUUGAGACGGAUUGUCGCUUGUUUAUAGGCUUGCACUACUUACGUGUAAGUCUCUGCGUGUAAGUAACCAAAUGAAAGAGCAUAUAAUUUAUACAACAUAUGAAUGUUUAUGAAAAUCCUAUAGAAUAGCGGUCGCGAAAUUUAUAUAUUUAAAAACAAUUCUUGAUAGUUAGGGACCAGUCAUAAAGUAUAGGGGGGGGGGCUGGAGAAAAAGGGGGGGCACCAUUUUCAUGCUUGCAAAAAAGGGUGGACCAGAGAAAAUUGUGCACUACAUUAGGGGUGGGUCAUGAGUCAUAUGUGAAUAUGUUUCAAUUUACACUGUUAAUUAACCCAUAAGCGACAGCACUUUCCCCUUGAUGAGAAAAAUAGUCUGGCGUUAAACAGAGUAAAAUAAUCUGGCGUUAGACAGAGUAAAAUAAUCAAAGUGGGGUGCAUCAGGGCACAAUGCUACUCAAUGGGUUAACUGUUAAGGAUUAUUCAAGCUCACACAAUGCAUGACCAACCUAAACUUUUCAUAUUACACGAACUUUAAUGUAUAUAUAAACGCAGCGUACUAAACUUUUUUCGUAAGUUUCAAUGAAGGAAAUAAUUAGAGGACCAGUAUUCAAAAUGGUUGUUAUAUACUCCAGGGCCAUAGCUAAUAAUCAUUCUUUUUUCAAAAGAAUGCAGACCUUUAUCAUUUAAUCCACGCAAAACUGCAAUGAAUGAAGAUAUUACCCAUAUUUUCCUGCAACUUAUCCAAAAUAUAGUUAAUUAAAUACGUUAUUAAAUUAGCGAUUACACCCUGUAGGGUUGGAUUUUACUUUAUUAUAAAAGAGUCGUAUGUAAUGUUUUGGUGUUUUCCAAGCAAUAAAUCAUGUAUGAAACUGAAUUUGAAACGUGUAAAAAAUAUCACCAAUAGAAAGUGAUCCAUGAAGAGUCCCGCCUGUUGUUGUCUUUUAGAAAAUGGUGGGUCAUUAAUUUUUGUGCAAGACUUUAAGGGUGGGCCAUUGAUAAUUAAGCCUUAUUCUAGGGGUGGGCCAAGGAAAAAUUUACAGUUGAAGAUUUGAUUUCUCCAGCCCCCCCCCCCCCAUACUUUAUGACUGGUGCCUUAUUUUAGUAGAGGCUAUAUUUGGCACCGGAUGUAUUAAAUUGUUAGGAAAAUGUCUGUUCGGACCAUUGAACUAAAAAUAACUGGAACGCUACGUUUAAGCGGAAAUUUGAAGCUAAAUUCUACAAGGUCGUACACAGGCUUUAAAAGGCCCGUUUUAAAUUGAAAAGGCCCGUUUCCCUUUCGAUUUGCAUCCUGCCAUGAAAACGUUCAAAACGGCAUGCUUCGAGCGCCCCCUGCAUUGUCUCGCGAGUAAAUCGCGCAGUAGAAACACGCGUGGAAGUGCGUGUCUGGGAGUCAAAACUGGCUUCAUUUGGCUUCAUGGGAGUCAAAUUUUGGCUUCAAAAUUUGCAUGCGCAGUUUACUGAACGUAGCGUUCCAGUUAUUUUUAGUUCAAUGGUUCGGACUGCUUUGAGGGGCGUUUGUUGUUUUGCUUGCAAUAAAACUUUAAUGUAUUUAAAAUUAGUUAUUAAGAACUAUAUGAUUCUGUAUGAUUUCUUUUCUCGAAUUCAUUUGGAAAAGAAGAAAUACCUACAUUUUCAUUUUUACUUCUGAGUGAUUGAAAUGAGUGAGUUCACACACUAGUUGAAGGAAAUUAUUAGGAAAUUUGAAUCUAGAGAAAAUUUGAAGGAAAUUUCGGAAGAUUGAAGGAAAUGUGAAGGAUAUUGCCUUUUUUCUAAAAAAUCCCAGGAAUACGGCAAUUUCCAAGGAAAUGCGCUUCAAAAUAUUCUUAAAAUCCUGUCUGCGAGUGCCCUGGAUUCCAGAGCCUUCGACAGUAAAUAAUAAAUUGAAACGUCGCAAAGGCUCUGGUUCAAUGGGGAGAUUCUUUGAUUAAACCGCGCCAAUCACAAAACAGAAUUAGUGGUUUUAGUACAUAUUCUGUACUCUGAACCAGAGCCUUCACGACGUUUCAAUUUAUUAUUUACUGUCGAAGGCUCUGGAAUCCAGGGUAGUUUGCGAGAUACAAAAUCUGAAAAUUUUCUGGGGAAAGACCCCCAGAUCCCCCUGGUUAUUUUCCGUCGUGUUAAUCUAGGUAAACUCUUUGUCUCUCCCCUUUGAUAAUUCAGCUCCUGCAACGUCUAUGUUCCUUCUAGAACAAGAAAUACCCCGUUAUUCGAGAUAAAUUACUAUAAAAUCAGUUUUAAAUUAAGUAAAAUUCAAUAAUUUUUAUUGCAAGGACAUUUUUUCAAAAAUAAGGAAAUUUUGAAUGGCUGGAAGGAAAUUAUGUUUUUUGAAAAUGGAAGCACUGCAUGUGACUCACUGACUCAUGUCCAGCGUUUCCACUUUCAAGGAAAUUUCCUUUUUCAAGGAAAUUUUGACUCGCAAAAGGAAUUUUCAAGGACGGAAAAAAAUUAAGGAAAUCUAAGGAAAUUCAAGGAAAUCUAAAGAAAUAUGAUAAGUAGCAAUAUAUAAAAGAAAACAAUAUUAAAAGUUAAAGUCUUGUUUUAAAACUGUUAAUUGCAGGGUAUUUAGUGUAAUAAUAGUUUAAUUAAUUUCAGAACAUUUAACAUCAUUACAUAACAUUAACUGCAUGAAGUAUCUAUAAAGGUUUCGCGACAACUGGAGAUUGGAACGCGGUACCUAUAAAAAUAUAAUAUAUUUAUGCUUACCAUAAAUAUGCUAUGAUUGAUAUGAUGAAAAUCUAAUUAUCUAAAUUAUUAUUUUAUUAUUAUUAAAAUUAAUGGUUUCUCCCAAAAGGGUUUUUCAGAACCCAUUUACAAAAUUAUUUUAUAAAACUACAAUUUUAAAAUAUUUACAGUUUCUACAAAGUUAGGAAUAAAAAUGACUGAUAUCUAAGUUUUUAAUAGUCUAAAAUAGGAAGUAGUCUAUAGUCUAAGUAGACAGUAAGUGUUCUUUAAGUUGACUUUUAAAUGUCUUAAGUGAUGUACAUUUCUUUAGCUCAGUGUCUAAGUUAUUCCAAAUUGAAGCUCCUCUAAAAGCAAAUGACCGUUGCCCUGACGCUGUUUUAAACAAUGGUAUCUGUAUUGAGUUGCAGUUCCGCGUAGACCGAUUAUGAAUACAAGAUCGUUUCUCAAACAUGUCGCAAAGAUAUUUCGGCGCUAAGUUGUUCAUGCAUUUAAAAGUCAUUACGGCAUCACGGAAAUAGAGUAAUUUGUCAACUGUGAGCCACUCAAGAUUUUGGAGUAAUGGGCUUACAUGAUCGUAUUUCUUGGAUCCUGUGAUUAUUUUACAUGCAAAGUUUUGAAUAGAUUGAAGUUUCUUUAUAUUAGUGCAUGUUGUAUUUGACCAUACAGUGGAACAGUAGAGCAGUUUACUGAUCACUAAUGAAGUGAUUAUCAUUGUAAGUGUUCCCUUGUCAAAAUUAUUUUUAACUCUGUUUAUCUGGCACAGUUUAUAAAGGCAGGACGACACUAGAUUCGAUAUGUGCUUAUCGUAACUUAGGUGACUGUCCAUUAGAAGUCCUAGAUCUUUGGCAAAAUCAACAGGUUCUAGAAUCUUCCCCAUAAAAGAGAUCGAAAUAUUGACAUCAAGUUCGUUCAUCAGCUGCCUGGUUCCAAUGAUCAUGAAUUUUGUUUUAUCUGGAUUCACCAAAAGAUUGUUUUCACAGCACCAAGACGCAAUUUUAUGUAGGUCUUCUUCCAGAUUUUUAAUUCCAGUGUCAGCUUCCGUUAAAGGAAACGAUAACAAAGUUUUCGUAUCAUCAACGUAUGAUUCAAGAUCACCAUUGUAAGAUGCACAGGGUAGAUCGUUAAGGUAUAUACAAAAGAGCAAUGGCGAUAAAAUGGCCCCUUGAGGUACACCAUAAGUUAUCGGUAAUGGAUCUGAUAACGUAGAGUUAAUACGGGUUGAUUGGAAACGGUCUGUUAAGUAGCUUCUGAACCAGUUUACUGUUGAUUUGGAUGCUCCGACAUUUGAUAGUUUAUGAAGUAGUCUCUGAUGGUUUAUACUGUCAAAUGCUUUUGAGAGAUCAAGCAACACUAGAGCUGAGAGUUUCUUUUUAUCCAUGGCCUUUAAGAUGGUGUCAGUGAUAAAAACGUUUAAUGUCUCUGUCGAGUGAAGUUUUUUAUUUCCACUUUGGUGGGAGGAUAGUCGGUUGUUGCUUGUUAGGUAACAGCUAAAUUGCUCAAGAGCUAAUCUUUCACAGAUUUUAGAUGCGACUACAAGAAGGGAAACUGGUCGAUUAUUUGAGGGUACCUCGUGGUCACCUUCUUUAUGAAUAGGAAUAAGUUCUGCCUUUUUCCAUGCCAGAGGAAAAGUAGAAGUACGAAGGGAACAAUUUAUAAUUUCCGUUAAAGGACCCAAAAUGACCGGAAGACAGUCCUUUAUGAUCCGUGGGUUAAUCUUAUCCGGACCAGAUGAUUUAUUGAGAGGUAACGAUAAAACUACUCGACGUACUUCGUGGCAAGUUACGGCUCUAAACUUAAAUUGGUCGAUUUCAGUUAUAACGACUGAUUCGAUUGAUUCUCGUAGAUUGAUGUUGUUAGUAUCUGCUAGAUGAGAAGACGCCCUUGCUGCAUUUUCACCAACCGAUGAAAAAAACUGAUUGAAAUCAUUUGCAAGAGAUUUAUGGUCUCCUUUAUAGAUUUGUCUUUCUUUUCCUUUUGAUGGUAUAAGACGGUUUACUAUUUUCCAUAGAGACCCCGGAUUAUCUUUAUGUUGCCGUACUUCAUUAGAGUUAUACUCAUUCUCCGCCUUCUUAAGAUCUCUCUUCACAUUAUUCCGGUAGCUCUUAUAAUUGACCCAGUCUAUAAUAUCCCGCGUACGUAGAAAUCGUUGAUGUAAUCGAUCUCUCUCUUUCAUAAGGUUUCUGAGGUCUUGGGUAAUAAAUGGGCAUGGUCGGUUACGGAUCUUAAUUGUUUUAAUUGGAGCAUGAACGUCUAGUGUAGACUGGAUCGCAUGGUUAAGAAUGUUUAGUUUAGCAUUUACAUCGUCGCCGUCAAAAAUAGAUAGGAGACAAUCUGAUUUGUCCGCAAGAUCAGCUGCAAAAUAAUUCGGUACAUAAUUUUUAAAGCUACGUGCUGUAAUGUAUUGCGAAGGUUGCUUAGGAGACUUAAUCUUAAGUUCAGCGUACACAAGUAGAUGGUCACUGAUUGAUGUAAGCAAUACUCCACUUCGGUACACAAUUGACUUCGACGACACUAGGAUAACAUCUAGCAAUGAUUGAGUUGCAUCAGUGAUCCUCGUUGGCGAUUUAAUAAGUUGAGUGAGGUUCAUUUCAUUUAAAAAUCUAUCCAUAAUUUUAUAUUCUACACAAUUAUCCUUUAAUCCAUCACAAUUUAGGUCACCUAGGAUCACGAUUGGUUUGUUUAAUAGAAGAGCUUCCAUGUAAUUUGGUUUUAAUGUAUGUUCAAAGCAGUGCAGAGGACAGUCAGGUGGUCGGUAGGCUACACAAAUUAUGAGCGACUUAGAUUUCUGGCACUGGACAUUUAUCCAUAGUUGAUGGAAAUUUUCUUCGGAAAUGAAAGUUAAGGAUUUUAAAACAGAUGAUUUAAGUUCUUUGCGAACGUACGUGCAUACACCACCGCCGCGUUUAUUAAGACGAUCCAAUCUGAAAAGAUUAUAUCCGUCUAUCCUUACUUCGGCAGACGAAACACUAGUGUUAAGCCAUGUUUCAGAUAUUGUUAAAAUGUCAAAAUUUUCUCUACGCGCCAAAUCUCUGAGUUGGGUAAGAUGUGUAUUGCUUUUAAGUGAACGGAUAUUAAGAUGAGCGAUUUUGAGCCUAGUAUUUUGAAAAUUGUUUCCUAUUUUUAAAGUUGAUGUUGAAGACAUUACAGACUUUGUAAUACAGGCAUUAGGUUUGUGUAUGACAAUAUUUUUCAGAUUUCGUAUGUCAGAGCCACAAGGUCUAUGGUGAUUUUGGUGAGUUGUAAAAAAUGGUUGGGAUUUGCGUGCAGUAAUUCGUGUAGGAAUAGACAUAGUCGUCACGUUUCCUACCUCUUGCACAGUUGGUAUACAAUGUCCAAAUGGCUCAGCCAUUCGAGGGAUUGGUGGCGAUGGCCCGUUUGAUAGGAUGGUGGUUUCGUUCGAUGGCGCUUGGGAAAAGGAAGCUUGUUCGAGGUAUUUCUAUUAAUAUUUUGGUUAUUUUUCGCUUGGAUAGGUAUCUCUAUUAACGGUAGGGAACCAAUCCAAUCCGAUAUUGGUUGCUUUUCGGGCAUAUUUGCAAUUUGAUUGAUUUGUAGUGCCUUGUUUUGUAAGUCCCUAUUAGUAUCUAAAUCUUGAAAUCAACAUGGCAUACUAAUGCACAUGGCACUUGUCUUUGCUAAACAUUAACAACAAUAACAUGUGGAACAACAAUAACAUUCUCAGUUGUUUACAUAAUAAUGUGUGUUAAUUUAUCAAUAGGUGCCAAACAAAAAAGGCAGUAAAGUGAUAAAUUAACCUAUCUGCUAAACCAACUAAUGUGCAGUUAAAUUGUGCAAAGACCCUGAAAUGCCCUGAGAAUUACCUGAAUUUACCUGAAAAUGUACAGGAUAUCGACCUGAAAUUGUUCAUGAGCAAUAUUAGGGGUGUUGCACCCUCCCUCCCCCCUCCCCCCUCCCCCGGUCGCUAGGGCCCUGAGAACUUAGUAAAUCUGUAGAUUUCAGAAGAAACAGCAUACACUGACAUUUAACUUUUGAGAAUUUUAAUGGAAAGACAGCCAUAUGUACAUUUACGACAUAGAGAACAUACGAAUAUAUGUAAUUAUGUGCAUAUAAUGUUGCUACUUUCAAGUUUAAAUCUCAUUUGCGUGGCGUGGUUAGUCUAUGUUUUUAGUUCAAGAUAAAAUGUUUUGGAAAAUCCUUAAAAAAAUCCUCAAAAACCUAAAUUCCUUUAAAAAAUCCUUAAAACUCUUCAAAAUUCCUAUUUUUAAGGAUAAUUCCUUAAAAGUGAGAGCACUGAAAUUAACUAAACGUUUUCUCAAGGAAAUUUCAAGGAAGUUCUGUUCCUUGAUCAAGGAAAUCUAAGGAAAUUUUGACUGAAAUCUCAGGAAUUUUAAAAUGUAAUAGUGGAAGCACUGCUCAUGUCCCAGACUCCCAACCUCGUACCCAGGGCCUUUGCGCGGUUCAGAGGCUCUGGUACGGGAAGCAAAGGCCCUGGUAAACACUGGUCACGUGUGUCCAAAAAUAUUGGACAUUUUCGUAACCUGGCCUUAUUUAGGUCAUGUUAUCCCGGGGGGAUGAGCAACUGAACAUUGCAAUGCACGAACUAUAAAAGUUUCAAAUACAAAUGAUUUUGCCUUUGAUUUUUAAAAUAUGAAUGUAUAACAAUUGUUUGAAAAUUCAUAUUUUAAAACAACAGACAGCAGAUUUUAGGCUUGUUAGGAUGGAAAUUAUAAACUUUGAAGUCACAUGGAUUUUGAAUUACAGUAUGCUAUAAAGAAUGCAGUAUAUUCGAGGUAAACGAUUUUAUGAUGCAUAUAUAAAAUUAUAUUCUCAUAUCUUUUAAAGGUAGGUUACAGUCCCUUCUGCGCAUGUCUGUGAUUGUUUUUGCCUGGGGACUCCACCGGAAGUUGGGCAUCUCGGUUUAUACUCGGUCCAGUCUCAUUUCUGGCAAUAACACGCGCGUUGUUUUUUUUCGCAAGCGAAGGAGUGAAGCUAGAAGUUUCCAAAAUAUAUUGAGCUUUUUUGAGCGACAAUCCUUCAAAUAACGAGUUUUUGAGGCAACAUGACGAGUAGGAAAGAAUACCACGCUAGCAGGGAUGCUUACAAAGUGUAUCAAAGUGUAUCUAUUUUAUUGUUUUCCUCGAUGGAGAGCGUGCCAUUUCUGUCUGCGUUUCCCCAUGAACCUACAUCCUCUGAUCCUCAAGCUUCUACUAAAGGUUUUCAAGAAAAGAAUCCAAGAAGGAUUGGACAUUUCACCCAACAUAGCUGCUAUUCACUCCCUUCACUGUGGACACUUCAGUGAAAUCGCUUGUUGAAGCCCAUCAAUCGAGGUUUUAAUGACUAUAAAAUUCUCUUUAUUCACUAUUUUAAUUAUACACUAUAGUUACAUACGAACUGUUCUAUCUCUUUAAUUUACAAACUGAAACCCAUAUAAUUAAGGCCUAAAGAUAUGAUACUCGUGAGUAGGAGUUGUCAAUGAAAAAGUGUUAAUGAGCAAUUUGGAGUCAACAUGUUUUGGAUGGCUGUUUAUAUAGUGUUUAUUGUCAGAAUGAUAAAUGAUAUAAAUUAAUCUACUUGACCGUGCUUUACUGUCUUUGACUGUCUUCUCAUGGACAAAUUGUGCUCACUUAAUAGAAACACAUAAAAAGUUUCUCUGAUCAAAGUAUAUUUUAAUCAAAGCAGCUUACAGCCCUCGAAAACGAGGUCGGCAUUCAGCAAUGCCGACCUAAAUGCCGACCUAUCAACCUCCCAGGCCGGCAAAUGUUUGCCGACGUUAAUUCAGCAAAAGUAAGAAUUUUUUUGUGCUGAUAGCUGUUAAAAAGUCAGCGAUUAUAAAAUUUGAUUCGUAGUUCGAUAACUAAACACACUUUGGUGUAAGGUUUAAAAAUGGACUUUUAAAAAUUAAAUUAAAUUAGCUCAGGUAACCGGGCUGGCUCGCCUCCAUAUCAACACCGCCUAAGACAUUUAGUUUAUAAAACAUUUUGAUCACAGAAACUUAUAUGAUGUAAACAAACUCAAUUAAUAAUUACUAGUAUAUUUUUUCACCCUAAUUGUGACUAAAAGUUUGCAUAUAAGAACCUACAAUUUAAAAACCUGUCAGGCUAAAAUUUUUUAUUUAGACACCCUAAAUAAGAAUUUGUUUAGGCUAGCAAUUCAGGUUUUUAUUUUAUCACAUGAAGACAAAUCAAAUCUAAAAAUGCAUAUAAAUCAAAGAAAAUAAACUCUUCACAAAGUCAAAAUAAUGAAAAUGAUCCAGAACACUGAAAAUGUCAUUGAGAUAAAUAAAGUGUUAGCAGCUUUACAGUAUAGCUUUACCGCGGCAUAGCUAUUAGUUAGAUAAUUUGUGCGCAAUUUAUAUAUAGUAUAUACAUGUAAAUUAUACCUCGAAUACCAAAAAUGAGUCGCUUUUCUUUAAGAAUUUAACCUAAUUUCCAAGCUCUAAUGAUCAUGUAUUCACUACACGUAUUGUCCAAGGUGGGAUCUGGUGGUUUGAAAUCCGAGCUUUCUUUCUCCUAGAUGGAUUGCCUCCUACACAAAGCAAUCUGAAACACAAGCCACUUCAUAUUGUACUAUGAUUGCCUAAUCUUGUGUCACAAAGAGUGGCACCAUCCCAUAUAUAGGUAUAUAUUGUCAGAACAAGCUGCCAUGCCCAUGGCCUGUUUUGUGACAUGAAAUCAGACAACACAGUAAAACCCUAGACUAGACAGUAAAACCCUAAGAACCUAGAUUUUUUCCAAGUUAGCCUAAACAGGUUCUUAUGUGAAUGGUGCUUACCUGAAUUCAUGUCACAAACUGUAAUUAUAUUUAGUAUAUUCAGUACUUUCAGGGGGGGAGCACAAGCCCUUGAGUCAUAUUCAUGCCUAUCCCUUGGAUAUAUGUGUUUUAAUAAUAAUUGUUUAUAAAUUAUUUGUAUUAUCAUAUAACCCAAUAAAUCUGUUAAGAAAAAGAAAGACUGAUUCGUUGAUGUAAAUAAAAAUUUCAUCAGUGUUUCAUGAACAUUCUGAUGGGCUCUGAUAUACAGCGAAACAAGCAUAUAUUUAGCAAUUGUCCUCUGUCUUGAUGAACUAACGUGAUCACUAGAUUGACCAGAAUUGUUCAAGUUAAUAUUGCUAUUAGAUCAUUCAGUGUCACAAGAAUAUCAUCAUUUAGUGUCAAUAUGAGAGUAAUAUCAAUGAAUUCAUACUUCCAGUUCAUAAUUUCAAAACAUACAUAUUUAUAACACAACUGAAAAGUUGAAUAUAAUCUUAGCGUCUCGUACUCUCGUCACUGUCAAUCUAUUGAACUCUUUUGUUGUUUAUAACGAAAUCAUCUCCAUAGCGCGCACGAGCUUGAACAAAUAAAGCUGUAUAUCCAUCUUUUGCACGGUCACAAAUUUCGCCCUUGGCUUUGCCACGAAGACAGGAACUGCAACCACAUUCUCAAUCACACUUGUUUCGAAUUUCGUCAAGCGAAAAGCUUUACCCAAGGCCAAGCGCUUCUGUCAUAAUGACAACAACAACACUGGCAACAUGUUUCGAGGGAUUGAUACCGCAUUAAAUGUUUUCAUGAUGAGACACUCCAAAGGUAAACACAAAUUAUUCGAACUCACACCUUCGGGAUUUCGGUUCGCCGCCCCAGCUGUUGAUAUAGCAAGUCCCACAACGUUCAAAGCGGCCUCUUUAUAACUUUAUUCACGAUGUUUACAGUUAAACAGUUACAGUAUAAGAUUGUGUUUAUAUUGUGUACAAAAAUUUCCAGUGUAGAAAUGUACAAGAAAUGAAGCGAAGUAUUGUCAAACAUUGCACUCCUCGGUCACAAAUUAUGUGGAAUCAAUGUUACUUUGAAUUCGUCAUAUACUUCAUCUUAUAUAAUUAAUGUGGAUCAAAACAAAAAACGUAAACAAAGCCCGCGCAUGCGCAGAAGGGACUGUAACCUACCUUUAAAGGUAGGUUACAGUCGCAUCUGCGCAUGUGCUGGACUUUUGUUUAUGUGGGGACACACAGGAAGUUGUCAUCCUCUGUUGUGCUCGGUCCAGUCUCAUUUCUGGCAAUAACACGCGCGUUGUUUUUAUCGCAAUUGAAUUUAAUGCCUAAGGAGCGAAGAAGUUUCCAAAAUAUUUUGAGCUUUUUGAGCGACAGUUCGUCAAAUAACGAGUUAUUGAGGCAAUAUGACGAGUAGGAAAGGAUACUACGCUAACAGGGAUGCUUCGAAAGUGUAUCAAAGUGUAUCUAUUUUAUUGUUUUCCUCGAUGGAGAGCGCAUUCCAUUUCUGCGUCUGCCCAUGAAUGGCCAUGAUAUACCUGCAUCCUCGGGCUUCUACCAAAGGUUGUCAAGAAAAGAAUCCUAGAAGGAUUGGAGAUUGCUCCAAACAUAGCUGCAAUGUUGAUCCUUCAGAGAAAUCGCUUGUUGAAGCCCAUCAAUCGAGGUUUUAAUGACUAUAAAAUUUCCUUUAUUACACUAUUUCACUAUCGUUAAUAUAUACGAACUGUUUAUCUAUUUUGUUUACAAACUGAAACUCAUAAUAUAAUUAUAAAGGCCUAAAGAUAUGAUACUCGAGACUAGUGAGUUGUCGAUGAAAAAAUAAUGAACAAUUUGGAGUGAACAUUUUUGGGACUUUUGGAUAGCUGUUUAUAUAGACGUGUUAUUGUCACUUGUCAGAGUGAUAAUCUACUUGGCUGUGGCAGUGCUUUACUGUCUUUGACUGUCUGCUCAUGGACAACUUGUGCUCACUUAAAAGAAACACAUCAAAAAGUUUCUCUGAUCAAAGUUAAAGUAGAUUUUAAUUUGAUCAAAGCACAUAACAGUUUAAAUGCCUUUUAGUUGCUCUGAAGACUGAAGUUACAGUACUUGACCUAAUGUGGUGUUUAUAUGGAGGCAAGCCAGCUCGGGUGCCUGAGCUAGCUCGCAUGGCCGAGAUCUAAUGUUGCUAGAUAAUUUAUACUAAUAUUCGUAUUGUGCGUAUAUGAGAACCAGGCUUGCUUGCCUAAGCAAGAUCUUGUUUAAAUUGUGAAGCCCGACAGAGCCCCAGAUCUCGCCUAGGUUGGCUGAUUUGCUAAGCCGCUCAAUACGAAUAUAUUGUACUAAUUGUAGUAAAUAAGACUUUCUCAACAGAUUUUUGAUCUAUAUAUAAUUUUAUAAAUUCAUGCCUCUGUGAACAGUUGUGACGGUCAUAACCAUGACAGUUUCUCGCAAUGAUUUGUUUUGGUGCCAGCCUGCUACAUGAUGAAAUUAGCUAGGCAAAGCCACCUAGCUCAGGUGACUGAGCUGGCUUGCUUCCAUAUAAACACCCCUAAGACAUUUAGUUUAUAAAAGAUUUUGAUCACAAAUACUUAUAUGAUGUAAACAAACUCAACUAAUAAUUACUAGUAAGUAUAUUUUCCACCCUAAUUGUAAGUAAAAGCUUGGAUAUAAAGAACCUGUAUAAGGGCCUGUCAGGCUAAUUUUUCAGUAUUUAGACACCCAAUCUGUUUAGGCUAGUAUUUCAGGUUCUUAUUUUAUCACAUGGAGACCAGUCAGAUCUAGUGGGGUCUGGGGGUUUGAAAUCAGAGCUUUCUUUCUCCUAGAUGGAUUGCCAGCCAAGGCUUAUGAGCUCCAUCUACACAAAGGAAUCUGAGUUUAAGGUGCCAGACACUUGCCAGUUCAUAUUGUACUAUAAUUGCCUGAUUUUGUGUCACAAAGAGUGGCACCAUCCCAUUGUCUAAUUUUGUCCCAGAACAGGCUGCCGUGCAUGGUCUGUUUUGGGACAAAAUUAGACAGCACAGUAAAACCCUGCGAAUAAGAACCUAGAUUUUUUCCAAGCUAGCCUAAACAGGUUCUUAUGUACAGGGUCUGAAAUAUAUUUUAGUAUCCCGAUAUCCACAGGAUACCAAAAAUAUAUUUCAGAUACCAAAUUAUGAAUAAUACUAUCCUGACUGGAUACUAAAAAAAAUCCUUUGAUGAGCUCCUGAAAGUUUUUGAAUAUUAUCAGUUUACCACCAGUCUUUCCUCAAUAGGACUAGCAUAUAGAAGUUUGUUGAAGGAUUAUGUGGAUCAAUUGUUUAUUUGUUGUUGACUGUUGAGUGUCCUCAGUUGUUAUUGUAAUUUGUAACAGUGAGUGUUAUGGAAACUUAUUUGGAUGGGAUAGGAUAUACUAAAUUUUGAAUCCUGGUAUCCCCUUUGGAUACUGAGAAAAAAUAUAAAUUUCAGACCCUGAUGUAAAUGGUGCUUAUCUGAUUGUUCAUGUUACAAACUGUAAUUAUAUUUAGUAGCUAUAUUCAGUAUUCUCAGGGUGCAUAUAAAGGCUAUAAAUAAAGCCCUGGAGUCAUGUUUGUGCUUUUAACCCCUUGGAGUUCUUCUUUAAUGUCUGUAGCUGCUACAUAUAUAUAUAUAUAUAUUACCAUUUAACUCAAUAAAUCUGUUAAAAAAAGAAAGAUUCGUUGAUGUAAAUCAAAAUUUCAUCAGUGUUUCCUGGGCAUUCUGAUGAGCUCUGAUAUAGAGCGAAACAAGCAUAUAUUUAGCAAUUGUCCUCCGUCUUGAAGAGACAUGAUGAAGUAACCUGAUCACCAGAAUUGUUGAAGCUAUUAAUAUUAGAUCAUUCAGUGUCACAAGAAUAUCAUCAUUUAGUGUCAAUAUGAGAGUAAUAUCAAUGAAUUCAUACUUCCAGUUCAUAAUUUCAAAACAUAUAUUUUUAUAACACAAAAAAGUUGAAUAUAAUCUUAGCGUCUCGUACUCUCGUCACUGUCAAUCUAUUGAACUCUUCUGUUGUUUAUAUUAAAACAGCAUCCAAAAUUAUCUCCAUAGCGCGCACGAGCUUGAACAAAAGCUGUUUAUCCAGCUUUUGCACGGUCAAAAAUUUCGCCCUUGGCUUUGCCACGAAGACUCCUAGGAACUGCAGCACAUUCUCAAUCACACUUGUUGGAACUGCAGCCACAUUCUCAAUCACACUUGUUUCGAAUUUCGUCAAGCGAAAAGCUUUCCCCAAGUGCUUCUGUCAUAAUGACAACAACAACUCUGGCAACAUGUUUCGAGGGAUUGAUACCACAUGAACUAUUUUCGUGAUUAGACACAAAUUCCAAAGGUAAACACUAAACACAAAUUAUUCGAACUCACACCUUCGGGAUUUCGUUUCGCCGCCCCAGCUGUUGUAUAUAGCAAGUCACACAAGGUUCAAAGCGGCCUGUUUAUUCACAAUGUUUACAAUUAAAGAGUUACAGUAUAAGAUUGUGUUAUUGUGUACAAAAAUUUCCAGUGUAGAAAUGUACAAUAAAUGCAGCGAAGUAUUGUAAAACAUUGCACUCCUCGGUCACAAAUUAUGUGGAAUGUUACUUUGAACUCGUCAUAUACUUCAUCUUAUAUAAUUAAUGUGGAUCAAAACAAAAAACGUAAACAAAGUCCAGCGCAUGCGCAGAUGCGACUGUAACCUACCUUUAAGUGCCAGUGCUCUCCUCUUGGCCAGUAAACUCACCUGGCAUUGGACAGAGUAAAAUAAUAAAGUAGGGUGCAUACAACCCAAUGCAACCUUGUACCCAGGGACGAGGUUGUGACUCAAUGAUGCAACCCGCAAGCUGCUCUAUUUACUGUCGGAGUACUCCAGAUUUUCGGAAAACUAAUGGAAUGGGACAGAAGAAAGUCACAUGACUGUUCUGAACUGUUCUGACUACCCCGAUUUUCGAGUAGGGUCAGCCAGAACAGACACGUGACACUGCCCAUUUUCACAUGAUUGGAAGUGGAGGCGACAGAUUUUGUGUAUCCAAUGCACACUGCAUAGAGUGUUAUUUUGAAGGGUUAACCACUAUAUAUCGACAUGUAUCUAGUUAUUAUAUGCUAUUUGAACACCAGGAUUGGGCAAAAUCAGCGAGUAAAAACAUUACAAAAGCAUACUUAAAUAAACACUGUUCCAGAACACCAUGUGCAUUUCAUAUCGUUCCAGAACAGUGUUCCAAAUGUUCUUGAACAGUAGAUGCCUGCCGAGUGCCAUGUAUGAGGGUAAAAAUGUUUGGUACAAUUGCAGAAUACCCUGCCACAUAUAUUUUCACUGUGUAGGAAAUAAAUAAAUACAGUUCCCACACAGAUUGAGCCUGGGCCACUGUGGUUAUGCGUCACUACGCCACUGCGAAUCUGCAUUCACAGUGUGUAAGAUUGAACAUUGCAUGGUUUAAGAAAACACCUAUGGCUACAAAAACAGUUGGUAGACACAGUAACACAAUGGAAUUUUAUUGAACUUUCAACUAUUCUAGUCAUUUUUGUACCUAUUAAUAAUAAUAAUGCACUUUAUUUUCAUUGGUGACUGGAUUUACACAAAGUAAUUUUCGUCCAGACGCAACAUUUUGAAACUAUUCACAUAUACUUCAAAAACUCAUUAAUAAUUCAUGAGGAAAACACAAAGAAAAAUCAUAAGCGUGUCCUAUCUUUAUAUGUGAUAGAGAUUUCCCUUGAUUUACUUAAACUUUAAUUUUGAUUUUCUCAACUUACACAACAUAUUUUUUGAAAAUUACUUUGCUAAUGAACUUACUAGACCAAUUGUUUUUGAAGCAAUUUCAAACAUUUGCAGUGCGUGUUUUAUCAGACCUAAAGAUACUCGGCUUUGCCUCUUAUGUUUGUCUCUGAUAGAACACUGCUGCUCAUGUUUUAAAUAGUACAUGGACAUCACACAUAAUAAUGUAUAUCUCAGACUAUAGUCUUGACAUCAUAAAGAACUACCUAUUCUAAUUGGUAUUUACAAUUUACUGAAAUAUUUACAUUAUAUAUACAGUCUGCAACUAAGUUACAGGGCUAGUUAAUUAGUUAUUAAUUUUUAAUUAUUAUUAUUUUAGUUAUUGUUACAAUUAAAUUUAUUAGUUAUUAUUAAUAUGUUAUUAUUAGUUAAUUAAGUUUUGAAUUGAUAGUUUCAGCUAGUUUAGAAAAUGCCAUAUUUAAAUUGAUAUGGCAAUAAAAAUCAACUUUGUCUUAUUUGAAAGAGCUUUUAAAGUUAUAUAUGAAGACCCUUUACAACUUUUUCGUACCUUCUUGGUUUUCGACCAAAAACUGUGUGCAGUCCACCAUCUUGGUAUUAUAAUUGACCUAAUUAACUGAGUUUUUGAUGACGUCACAAGCAGGGUAAACUUGUUAAAACUUCUUCAUGUGGGACUAAAAUGUUUUCCUAGGCUAAAACUCAUCCCUGGCCGAAAUUAUUCUCAUGUAAUCGCUUGCUGUGUUUUAAUAGGAUUUUAUCCUUAGGCCAGGCUAAAAUUUCAGCCCAGGAAACCAGGCUGAAACUCAGGCCUGGCUAAAAACUCUCCAUGUAAUAAUUUUUAUCAUUUUAAGGUUACAGAACACCUUUGAGUGUUAAUUUUGCCUAAAAUUUUUUUUAUUGGUUUCAAUGAAAGCAUUAGACUAGUUCUACUAUCUGACCAAGUUUGAACGAAAAAUGUUGAAAACUCGCUGAGUUAUUUAAUAAAAUACAUUUCGCUACAAUAAGAAAAACAUUGAAAAUGUAAUAUUCAAAUUCAAUUUUCUCCCGAAACAUUUUACAGUAAUUACUGAUUUUCAAACGAGUUGUGCUCCUGCGGGUUUUAACCAAUUUUUCUCAAAUUUUCACAGGACAUAGCUAAACACGUCUGUUUCAAAACUGUGUUCGGCUUUUUUUAAUUUUGGAUAUUUUAAAAAUAAAAAGCAAUUCACUCAAACAAUUCAGAAAUAUUUUGCAGUCGUCAAAGAAAUCGCCAUAUCAGCGGAAUGACGAAAUAAACAAAAAUUUCCUAACACAAUUUUUUAGAACAACUAUUUUACUGUAUAAAAAUGAUAUUUUCAUAAAUAUAAGAGCACAACUCAAAAGCGUAACGGUACCGUGAUUUAAGAUUUUCCUGAAUAAUGCUUACAUUAUUUUAUUGUUUGUUAAUUUUACGACUUUACCAUAUGCAUAUUUUGCAUACACUGGAGAACAUUUGGUGAAAAUUUGAUGAAAAUCGGACUGAUAUUGAGCGCGCAGUAGCGAUUUUCCGCAAAACGCCAAAAAAGGUGUCCUGUAACCUUAAACGAAUUAUAAAAACGAACUAAUUUGUUCAAAGUGCAUUAAUUUUAUAACAGAUAUCUAUAGGGCUGUGAUAAAAGUCACGCUUACGACUUGCCUCUGAGGACAAGGAAACAACUCGUUCCUAUAUUAUCAUUAUGUUUGUUGUUGUUAAGUUUUAAAGGGGCUGCAGUAAUUGGCUUGCGCUGUUGCAGAUUCCCUGCCAUGUGCUAAUAAUUAAUAUUUGUACAAGGGCUAAGCUAUUAAAUAAAAAUAAAUAAAAAUAAAAAGUCUAUUUUACUAUAUGGUGACGGAUGCCUAUAUUUUGCCGGAUACCGGUAUCUGGCUCUGACACAUCCCUACUUAUUACUAACUCUGUUUCUUUAGGAACUUUUCAGAGGAUGCUUCUGCAAGUUUUACUAUGAUAACAAAUUCUAUCAAGGUUUUAAACCAAGGAAUAUCAACAAGACUAGACGAAAAUCUGAUCGAUGCAUGUGGAAAAGGGGAUCUUCACAAAGUACAUGAGAUCUUGGAAAAAGACUCGGAUAUCAUCAACAAAUUCAAUCAACGUAUUGGUCUCUUGUACACUCCAUUGCACAAAGCUGCACGUUGCGGUCAUGAUGAUAUCUCACAACUGUUGCUUAACUAUGGUGCCAGUGUGAACACGGUGGACAAAGGGGGUGAUACACCAUUGCACCUUGCUGCACGUGAGGGUCAUGCUGAUAUCUUAAAACUGUUUCUUAACCAUGGUGCCAGUGUGAACGCGGUAGACAAAGGGGGUGAUACACCAUUGCACAAAGCUGCACGUUGGGGUCAUGAUGAUAUCUUACAAUUGUUGCUUAACCAUGGUGCCAAUGUGAACUCAGGGAACAAGGGGGGUUAUACACCAUUUCACUACGCUGCAUUUCAGGGUCAUGAUGGUAUCUUAAAACUGUUGCUUAACCAUGGUGCCAAUGUGAACGCGGUGAACAAGGAGGGUUAUAUAUACACCAUUGCACUAUGCAAUAUAUCAGGUUCCUGAUAUCUUACAACUGUUGCUUAACCAUGGUGCCAAUGUGAAUACGGUGAACAAUUAUGAUGAUACACCAUUACAUGAAGCUGCACGUGGGGGUCGUUAUAAUAUCUUACAAUUGUUGCUUAACUAUGGUGCUAAUGUGAAUGCGGUGAACAAUGGUGGUUAUGCACCAUUGCACAAAGCUGCAUGUGAAGGUCAUGUGAAAUGCAUUAAGGUUUGUUUCUCUCGUGAGAUAAUCAAUGUUCAGCAGCCCAGUUAAUCCUCGCAAUUUUUGGUAGAAAUGCCGCUGAAAAUUGAAUAAACAAUAUCAGUUUUUUGCAGGGACGGUGGAACGAUAUGUGUGUGGGGGGCAGAAACGAAUUUUCAUAUUUUCGUUCGAGGGUGGUGGAUAAAUAUCUGGGGGGGGGGGGAGUUGCUGCUGGUUGCUUUGGCGGCAUCUGAGACCAUAAUGUUAGUAAUUUACAAAUUUAGUAGUAAGAAUAAUCAAAUAUGAAAAUAUCAAAUCAAAAUUGUUACAACUGUGGAUCUGCUGUUUUAAUUUAAUCCAUAGAGUGUAUUAUUUUGUCAUUUUGGUAGCUUGCAUUAUUUACAAGAAAUGUUGCAAAACAUCUUAAAACCUACAGUACGCAUGAGCAGACAUUUGUUUACAGACAAGAUUUCGAACGAUAUAGGGCUUCGUGUUUUAAUAGAAAUUGACAUGUGAGAUGUAAACAAACUUAGCAACUUACAGCAAUUUCCUAUUUAUAGACCAGAGUGCUUGGUAUUCAGGCAAAAAUUUUCAUAUUUUAUUUCGUCCUCAAUUCCCAUUGCAGCAGUUUCUAAGCUACAUACUUGAAAAUUUGAACUAUCCUUGGAUUCCUAGUUACAAUAAUUACUCGCUGGGGCACUCUGUGCCCUGGCGAGUAUAGGUUUCUGCACGCGUGGUGGAUGUCGGAUGUCAGAUGUCAGAUGUCAGAUUUCCGAUCGUCGUUGAUAGCCACAAAAUAGAAUAUUAAUGAGCUGCUUGAUCCUUUUCAAAAUGGCGGGGCCUUUCGUGGAGUGGGCGAAAUGUUUCAAACAAUUCCGGGCCCCAUUUCUUGAAAAUUUUGGCCGAAUUGUACCUGUUUUCUAUGGAUUUUGCUUUGUGUCUAACUCUGGACAUUCAUGCUAGUUUAUUUAAUGCGUUUUUCUUGGUGCACGACUCUGAAAAUCCGAAAUUUGGAUCGUUGAAUAAUUUCCCGUGCACGAUCAUAAUAUACCGAAUCUGAAUACAAAGGAGCCAAAGACAAUUUCAAGGUAAAAGGUUAUUUAUUAAAACUACGUUGUGCAGUUUAAAUUAUAACUACUUUUUGAGAAGCAUAUUGGUGUCAUAUCAAUAUAAAAUUUAUCGAACAACAGUCCGUGAAAACUGUCUGUAGACUCUGUAGUGUACUCAGUGCGAAACAUGAUAAUGUAUUUGUAAUGCCUCUUAUAAAUGGCGCAAUAAGGAUAAAAAUACCACCGUUCGAUUCAGCGUAAGAAAUUGUACUUACGGAUGUCAAAUGUAUUACUAAACAGCAGUAUUCUAGCGAUUUAUGGCCUUUGAAAAUCAAGCGAAAUUGUUUUGUUGACAUCAAAUCACUAUCACUCGCAGUACGUUUGUCCUUGACCUUGUAUUUGUAUUGCCUAAUUAAUGGCGCGAUAAGAAUAAAAAUACCACCGUUCGAUUCAGCGUAAGAAAUUGUACUUACGGAUGAGAAAUUGUACCUACGGAUGUCAAAUAUAUUACUAAACAACUGACAACAGCAUUCUAGCGAUUUAUGGCCUCUGACUUUGUCUUUGAAAGAGGGUCUGAAUGGGGUUAACUGACAACUGACAAACGGCCUUAAAAAUAACUGUUAACUGACAAAUAACGAUUUUUUUAACUGUUUACUGACAAGUAAAACUUUACUGUUAACUGACAAUUGAAGUUUGAUUGGACUUUUUUCCAUACUUCGGUGACUCUUUGAUCAGGAGCAAAUUAGAAAUCCGAAUAAAAGAUCGAAUUAAUCGCCAUAAAACACAUAAAAUUCGUGAAAGUCAGAAAAACGACUAAUUACCCAAACAGAAUUUGGCAAGUUAAUUAUUAACUGUGUUUAACUGACACGCCAAAAUAUUAACUGAUAGCUGACAAACAAGCUAAAUUUUAACUGACAACUGACAUGCACAACCCCCCAUUCAGACCCUCUUGAAAGCCAAGCGAAAUUGUAUUAUUUGUUGACAAAUCACUCAAAUUAUAAAAGAUGCAGUACGUUUGAUUCUUGAUAACUUUGGUAUCAUUGUUUUUUUCUUUUUCGGCCGUACACCAGUGGAUUCAUCUCACUUCUCUCUUCAUUUUCAGUGGCGGAAAUCUUGGUGGGUUGCACCCCUCCCCCCCCCCACCCUCACGGAAAAUUGACGAAUUUUCGGAAAUUUUGACCUAAAAGAGGGCUAAAAACAGUCUUUUCGGGUGCAAAUGGGGGGGGGGGUACGUCGGAAAUUUGAAAGUUUUGUUGGAAUUUUAGGAGGCUUUGAAUUCCCGCCACUGUUCAUUUUGAUAAUAUUUUAAGCCCAAAAGCCCCAAACUAUUUUAUUUUGAACGUUUUAAACUGGCGGCCAACAGAAGCAUGUAGCGUACAAUAAAAUAUAACUUUACUUGUGGGCAUAAACGCCGGAGGUUUCCCCUUAGCUCGGGGCCAGGCUUAAUUUGCACACCAGGCUUAAUAUACGCACGUAAAACUUUAAAUUUGUAAAAUAACCAAAUAAAUAAAGCAACAGAAUUUACUGCUCCGCAAGUUUUAGUAUGAAUUUGUUAACUUAUUUGUAAAAUAUUUAAAAAUAGAAGGAUUCAAAGUUUUACGUGCGUGUACGUGCGUACGAAAAACGCAACAGUGCCAGUGGAAAUUAGCCUUUAGAUCUUAACAGUAAUGUGCGUCAGUUGUGUAGCCCCCAGCGAGUUAACGCUCCACAGAGCGUCUUGUUAUAUUAUAGGGUGUAUAUUUUUACAAUUCGUUUUAAGUAUAAAGAUGGCAAACUUUUUUUGGGCGAGAAGGGCGUUGGUAAAAUAUAUAAUUUGGGGCGGCGCCAAAUGCCUCUGGGGGGUGCAAAACAUUUCUGGGGGAGAGUGCCCCCAGAAAAUCUGUGUUUGGGGGGGGGGGCAGAUUUUUAAAAUAGAUUCAUAAUUUGUAAUUUUUGCCUCAUGAACAUGUAAUGAUCUUUUUAAAUAUCUCGAAUAUUUCCCGAAUAUCAAAAAGGGCACCUUUGCCCCUCUUGGGAAAGGCAGUGUCCCUCCCCUGCACCCCCUCUUCAGCAUCUCCGGUUUUUUCUAAUGAUAUUUGCAGAGCUGCCAAUUCCAAUGGCCUCCUGGUUUUGGAGGCAGCUCAAGGUAUUUGAAAAUGGUUCAUGCCAGUUCAAAAAAUCGUUUCCCACAAUGAAUCGUAUCAUGCAUUUUUUCACAUAAAUUUAUUUUGGGGAGAGGGGCUUUUGAGCUGGGUCCCCCCUGCAACCUGUCGGCGGUACUGGGUAAUUACAUGAUGAUCAUGCUCCCCCCCCCAUUCUGGGCUUAGCAUCAUUGCUAUUUUUACUUCCAGGUUUUUGGGCAUCUAAAUUUGGCAGCCUCAGAUUUGUGAACUAGCCAGCCACUAGGUAAACAUUUGUUGUUGUUUUUUCAAUUAAUGAUAUCCUGUGUAAUUCAUGUUUAGGUGUUGUUGAAAAAUGGUGCAAACAUCAACGCGUUGGACGGAUUCAAUAGAACUCCGUAUCAAACUGCAAUGCAGUACAAACAUAAAGAAUCUGCCGAGUGUUUAAGAAAUGCAGGUAUUUAUAAAACUGUAAGAGCUUGUUGGUUAUGUGAACCAGGGGCGGAUCUACCAUUGGGGUGCUCACCCCCUUCCCUCUGCUGGUGUUCAGCACCCCCUUGAAAACUUUGGUAUUCCAUAUUUGAGUUGUGAAUACUACUUAUUAUACUGAAACGAUUGAUUUUCGAAUACGCGAGAAAAUAUUCAAGCACCAGUACGGCGGAUCACCAUAUAACGUAGCACUUUACUUAAUUUUUGCCCGAAAUACAAGUACUGUGAGGACAAAUUUAACGAAUAAACGUAGUGCUCAGAAUGCAGGAAUGUCAUUUCAGGGCUUCAAAUUUCAAAAAUUUUCUGGGGGGAGAAUGCCACCGGACCCCCUCUGGAAAACCUCCACCUCCUCUAACAAAUCAGGUCAGAUCCGCCCGUGAUUUUUGAACCUGGGAAGUAAACAAUUAAGCAUGUUGUGCAAUGAGACUUUAGCUGUUGUUUUUGUUUCUGCUUUUAUCCUGCUAAGAAUGGACAAUCAAUAGACGUGCAAUAAAGGUCUUUCAAUUUUAUGUGAAUUAAGCUAACUAAAGUCAAGUGUGUAACUAAAAUUUUUGGGUGAUGCAUUAUCUGUCUGAAAGCCAAUUUGCACUACACAACUUUUGCCCAAAGCCUGGUUUCGAUAUGGUCGUAACGGUCGUAAAGAUUGAGUCACGAUUUUUUUAAUAGCUGAAAUACAAUUGAAAAUAGGUAGAGUGAUAAUAUAUAGAGAAUAUGUAUGAUUUAAACAUGGUUUACAGGUAAAAACUAUUAUAGUCUGGCCGAUGAGAAAAAUCGCAACUUUAUCUUUUAUGACUGUUACAACCAUAUAUGGAAACCUGGCUUAAAACUGUUGCAUGCAACGUGCUUACAACUUGAGUUGUACUGUGUAAUUGGAGAUGUGUUUGGUAGCAUGAUCAGAUUAAAACAUAUCAAAUGCUCUUAUGAGAGAUGAGGCGAGUCAGCCCACAGUUUAUGGGAUAGUCUAAAUGGCUCGGGUCGCGAGUCAAUAGAAAUGGCGCGGGUUUAGCGAACACUAAAUGGCUCGGGUCGCGAGUCAAUAGAAAUGGCGCGGGUUUAGCGAACAUGGCGCGGGUAAUAAGUUCCGAGGCGCGAGUAAAAAGUUCCGAGGCGCGGGUAACAAGUUCCGAGGCGCGGGUAACAAGUUCCGAGAUCAAUUACGCGGCGCGGGUAACAAGUUCCGAGAUCAAUUACGCGGUACUUAUAUUCAAGAUGGCGACUAUUUUGACUAAAAAUUCUGCAAUUAUUCGAUCAAUUAUUCGGUCAAAUAUCGUCUCAUUCUGUGGAAACUCUGCGAGCUGCAAACUUAAACUAACAGACAUCAAUUAACUUAAGUAAAUCACGUUUCGAGGCGUUUUCGAUGCACAUUUUUAAACUCAAAGAGAGUGAACAGUUGGAAUAUUAUUAUAAAUACUAAUCUGUUAAUUAGCUAAGGUAAAAAGAUAAUUAAUCAAAAUUCUCUAUACAAAUAUUUUGGUUAGAAAACCCCCACAAUAUUCUAAGCAUUUUUUGCGGCUUAUACAUUAUAGUUAAUAUUUACUGUAUACCAGUAAUCAGUAUCAAAAUUUAAUUUAUGAAUUGCCUGAUUUUAUUCAUAUAAGACAUUUUUUUUAUUUAAUUAUAUGAUCAGUUUGACAUAUUUCUGAAUGCAUUUUAUAGCCUGGUCGUUGACGGGAUAGUCUAUAUGGCACGAGUCAGUAGAAGAUAUAGUCUAUCCCGUCAUUGAGACUACUAUACUAACCAAUUUUAAUAACAAAAUUAUUGGGGGGGGGGGGUGGUGGUGGCUCAAGCCCUCCCAGUCCCCCUGCUUCCGACGAUAUCUAAUAAAUUGAGUGUGAAAGUGCCUACCUGAAAUUUUUGUUAAACUAUUUAUCAUUGCAAAAAUGAUGGACUGCUCUGCCUUGCUAAAUUCCAUCAUUUUUGCAAUAUAAUAAUAGCAUGUACUUCGCCCCUGGUCAACGACAGGAUAGUCUAUAUCUUCUACUGACUCAGGCUAUAAAAUGCCUUCAAAAAUAUGUCAAACUGAUCAUAUAAUUAAAUCAAUAAAAAUGUCAUAUGUGAAUAAAAUCAGGCAACUCAUAAAAAAAAAUUGAUACUGAUUACUGGUAUACAGUGAUUAAGCCGUAAAAAAUGCUUAGAAUAUUGUGGGGGUUUUCUAACCAAAAUAUUUGUAUAGAGAAUUUAAAAAUAUACUGACAGUGACUCCGUCCAAAUAUUCCAACUGUUCACUCUCUUUGUGUUUAAAAAUAUGCAGAGUAAUUCCUCGAAACGUGAUUUAUUUAAGUUAAUUGAUGUCUGUUAGUUUAAGUUUGAAGCUCGCAGAGUUUCCACAGAAUGAGACGAUAUUUGAUCGAAUAAUUGACCAAAUAAUUGCAGAAUUUGUAGUCAAAAUAGUCGCCAUCUUGAAUAUAAGUACCGCGUAAUUGAUCUCGGAAAUUGUUACCCGCGCCUCGGAACUUGUUACCCGUGCCUCUGAACUUUUUACUCGCGCGUCGGGACUUAUUACCCGCGCCAUGUUCGCUGGACCCGCGCCAUUUUCGCUGGACCCGCGCCAUUUCUAUUGACUCGCGACCCACGCUAUCAGCUCGGCCGGGUACCUAAGCUGUUCUGAUUUAAGGGUGCCCAGGCUGGGAAAUUUUCCAUACAAACGCAAUAGCUCGGACUGACUCGUUUAGGUAGGCUAUCAUCCUCAAAAAGAGGGAAGAGCCUGGGAACGAGGUUGUUAGGCUAUAAGUAUUUUCCUCUUUUCAUAAGAAUAUUUCGAUCGUGUUUCAUUUUACAUAGUGCUGAAAUCCUGUUUUAACUUUUUGUCUUUAACUUUUUGUCAAGAAGUGGAAGAUUAUACCCGUGCAUAUUCGCAGGCUCUCCAAGAGGGUAAAGCCAAAAAUAAUCGAAUUCCGAUUAUGGUGGUCGGGCAAGACCGAGGAGGAAAGACGUCGCUGAUGAGACGUCUUUUAGGAUUACCAUUCAACAAAGAUCAACCCAGCACCACUGGUAUUGAAGUUGAUGUUAUCGAGCUAUCAGAGCAAAGUGCAGAAGAUCCCUGGAAAAAGAGAGAAGCGAAAGAGUUUAUGACCAGUGAAGGUGAGGCAAAGGCUGUGAUGCACAAAAAAACGGCCGAGUACUUUGAUAGACGAGUUCAGAUGACUUUUGAAGGGGAUGCGCCAAAGCUAGUGAAGCCAGUCAAUAGAAGAAAAUUAUUAAGAAGAGAAAUCUCCGACAUCAAAUCCCAGAGGUCCACUGAACACGACCAGAAAAAAGUUCUUCGGGUAUUUGUAAGUGACUUUGCUGGACAGUCAAUCUAUUACGAUACCCAUGGCUGCUUUGUGAAACCGCAUUGCCCUUAUGUUUUGGUUCACGACCUUUCUCUGGAGUUUGAUGAACCCGCCGCUCCCAAGUUUAAAGCAAGUGAUAAGGAGGAAGAGAUAGAGUUUGAAAAUCCUCAUUGUAAUACCAAUUUAGAUCAUUUUACAUCAUGGUUGAAGUUUCUGCAAGGUUUAGGAGAACGCCAAGAUCAACCAAAAUCUGGUCACUGUACCACUGCAAAAGGUGAGAACUUUAAACUGCCACCAGUUUUAAUAGCCUUAACUCACAGUGAUGAGGUGAAAGGCAACGACCGCAAAAUAGAUUGCGUAGAAAAGAGAAUCAAAAAGGUCUUGUCUGGAGGAACAUAUCAGAAUGUCGUCCCAGAGUUUUCGUGAUCGACAAUACAUUGAAAGGCGACGAAGGAGACUACGUGCGAAAGCUUCGUAGAAAGCUGUUUGACCUCUCGAAUGGAGUUCUUAACCAGGAGAUUUUAAUGCCUGUGAAGUGGCUAAAUUUUGAAGCUGCUCUAAGCCGGAAGCUAUCACGACAUCGCAAGUAUAUCCCAGUUGACGAAGCUAAGGAGAUAGCGGAGGCCUGUGGCGUUGGGGAGUUUAAUCAUGCUAUCAAAUUUCUACACCGCCUGGGUGUGGUUCUACACCACAGUGGAUCCAGUAAGGUUGUAUUGGAUCCUCCCUGGCUAAUGAAUCGCUUUACGAAAGUGAUCUCCAACCUGGCAAAUUGGAUGCCUUGUCCAGGCACGCUCUUGCUGUGUUCAAGCAGAAAGGUAUUUUGUUUCGAGAAUAUCUUCAGACGCUGGAAGACGCAGAACUUUUAGAAGAGCUUAUGAAUAAGUUUAAUAUGAUUUGUCCUUGCCAGUACGAUGAAAAGGAAGCCUUUUAUGUCCCUUCAGUUGUUCCAACUAUGAUAGUUGGUAAAGAGUUGGAAAAAGAGGGGUUAAAUGUUCCUUCGCUGUUUGUGACAUUUCCUCGCGAACUUGUACCGAUGAGCCUGUUUACGAAGCUUCAAGUGAAGUUAAUUUCUGAGUGGAAAACGCUCUUCCCAAACCAACAAGUCACGCCUUCCUUCUACUGCAACUACUCCUUGCUUCCGCUUAUGAUAGACGACUGCGUGUAUGACGUUCGUUUAAUUGAUUUCCACGAGUUCAUCAAGGUUGCCGUUUUUCCAAAACAGGAUGGAAACCAUUUCAAGUUUGCCAGUCAUUUCUUAGCCACCUUGGAAAAGUGCUUGGACGACCUUAAAUCUCCAGAUCAACUAUUAUUCAGCAUGACCAGCUAUGACCUCGGAGUGAAAUGUACCUGCUGCUUUGGUAAAGAAGAAAGAAGAUGUUCUCGUCAUCAUAAGACCCUGUGUGAUUCAGACCGUUGUGGGCACCAUCACUUCUGGAAGCUUAGUGACCUUCAGAGAUUCUGCAACGACAAAUCCCUUGCAAUUUGCCCCUCGGACGAACUCUCGUCCGAGGUGUUUGACAUAAAGAGUGUAAAAUAUUGGCUCAAUAAUGGUAAGUGGCUAAUGCUAAAGGUGUUUUUACUUUGCCAGUUUUUAAAUGUUUAUUUGACAUUUUUUAAUCAUUUAACAGUUAGACGAGUUGUCUAAUUAUUAAAUAUCAGUUGUAUAAUGUUUUUAGUAUUAUAGUGAUAUCUCCUUUUUUAAUCACCUCCAUUGCUGCGAUCUGAUUAGUUGAUAAUUUAAGUGCAAUUGAAAUUAUUGCCAGUUGCAAUUGAAUGCAAUUUGAGCAUUAAUUGCAGUGUUUUGUAGAUUGUAAUUGCACACCUUGUUUAGCCAGGAGAAACGAACCUAGUUCCUGGGGUUGACCAAUUAGCAAUUGUAUUCGAUUUAGGCUGUUUUUCCGAAUUGACUUUGCGAGCACCAUUGACAAAGAAUUUAAUAAAUGUAAUGAUUUAAAGCUUGUGACUUGACGGCUGCCAGGUAUAGUAAUAUCAAUCGUGUUUCCGCUCGCUACUCUGGUUUUGAUAAGUGAAUGCAAAGCCCAGUCGAACUGCAUUCACGCCCCAACGUCUCGACACUCCAGUCUAGUGUCUUCAAUCUUGACAAUGAGUGCUGUUUUGUUUUCUGUGUUGUUUUAUUAACUGAUACAUUGUUUUAUGUCGUACCUAAUUUAUUAAAAUUGUUUAUACCUGCACAUCUUUUUGCAAAGUUUAGCCGAACAGAAGCACGCCCUGAAAAUGUCUGAACACACCACUACAAAAAUGUGUAACCGCAAAACAGGCUACAAUUGAUAUUCAAAAAUUUCAAAACCAAUAUACACUGCACAUCACCCAAGGGAAAUUUGGGCAAAAUUUGACUUUGGCCCCCUCCUGAUUCCAUCUUCUAACACUACGAUUAGGAGGGUCCGGCAAUGUUUAAAAUCUGAGGUCCCAGAAAUGGUCAAAUCCUGAAUUCUGGAUGUGUGUUGUUAUAAACUCAAAUAUCGGUUUCACUAAAUUGUAUUUUUUUGACACGUACUAUACCGACUACAUACACAGUAUUAUUAAUCUAAGUCUAAAAUAGCGUUCUAAUUUUAUGGUUUUUUUACUUUAUUAACAUAACAAUAUACUAGAUAAUCUAACUAAUAAUACGCUGCAUAAUCAGCUACAUAACUUAGUAAGUUCCAACUGAAUGAGUUCUUAAUGAGUUCUUAAUGAGUUCUUAAUAUUAUAAAACGUUCAUAAUAUUCUCACAACAUUCCAUUUUUCCUCAACUUUGGAAUUGAUCCGGCGGAUAAACCUCGCGACCUCGGCGCGUCACGUAAAUCGGCUGUUUCCGAUCGUUAGUGCUGCUCUUGUGUGAAUUCAUCAAUUGAUCUGCUUCGUCACGAUUAAUCUGGUCUGGCAGGACGUCUCGCGUACUCUGAUCGAUUCUGCUCUGGUUGAGUAUGUUGUCUCGAAACGUUUCUUCUUCUCGUACUCUUUCUCGUUCUUCGACGUAAGAUCUCUCUCGUACAAUCUUGAAAUGUGACUUGUCUCGCAUAAAAACUUUCCCGUCAUCAAAUCACGGCGUUUCCACGUAUAUUGAUCACUUUAGGCUGUCACGGCGUUUCCACGUAUAUUGAUCACUUUACCAGGAAUCGGGCUAAGUAGAUCUGUCCGUUUGUUUUUCAUGAGAAUCUUGUCUCCAACAGCAAUUCUGGACUUUCUCACAUUUCUGCGCUUGUCGUGGUAUCUUUUCGACUUCAACUUAUACAAGGCAUCAUUUUGUCUAACUUCAGGGUGGUUAUCACGUUCGGGUGUUUCUGAGAUCUCUGGCAAUACUCCAAGUCGCAUUUUUCUCCCAAACAUGAGCUCGAAUGGACUUUUCCCUGUAGCUGGAUGCGGUGUGGCACGGUAAGCAUUUAACAUUCCUUCAAUGAGACAGCGAUAUUUCUUCCUUUCUUGUUUCGCAAUUCUUUCCAUCUUCUUCACGUUCUGCAUGAAUUUCUCAGCUUCACCGUUUCCUCUCGGAUAUCUGGGUUUCACCGGUUUGUGAACGAAUCCUCUCUCGCGAGCAUAUGCACUGAAUUCAUGUCCGUUAAAUGGAAGUCCUCGAUCUGAUUUCAGCUCCUUCACUGUACCAAAUGUUGAAAACCACGAAUCAAGGAUCGGUUUCACACACAAGAACGCUGUAGAUCUGCAGUAGCUUACAACAGGAUAACGGCUGUAAAGAUCAUAUCCGACCAGGGCGUAAGUUCCAUCUUUGAACGGUCCCUUGAAAUCCACAGAGAUUGUAUGCCAAGGACCUGGUGGCAAUGGUGUUGAUUGAAGAGGCUCAUCAUAGGUUCGAUCAUGAGUGACUUGACAGCUUUGGCAAUUCUGUACAGCUUCUUUACAGAGUUUAGCAAUUCCAGGAAACCAAAUCUUUUCUUGAAGAAGUUUCAGCGUGCGGGUCUCUCCCGAGUGCCCAAUCUUGUGUGCUUUCUCGACAAAUCUUCUUCGACUGCUCAAAGGCGGAAUUACUUUGUCCUUACACAGGAUGAUUUCUCCAACAACAGAUAAGUCGGACGCUACUCCGAGGAAUCUUGAAAUUCUUGGAUCUUUUCCAUGUUUCUUCCAGAGGUUUCUUUGAAUUACUUCUUUUAGGAAUUGGUAAUCAUUGUCGUCUUUUGCCAUUCUGGAAAGGUACUCGUUGUCUUCAGAGACAAAAAAGUUUGUAAUCCUUCUUCUAACUCGUUCACGGACUUCACCAUGGGAACAUCAGCAUAUCUCCUCGUCAGGUGUCUUGAUCCAUAAUCCGCGAUGUUCUCAGCUCCUUUCUGAUACUUGACCACAUAGUCUAAACCUUGAAUGGCGAGAAUUUGUCGCUCGAUACGCAGUGGUGCUCUUGAGGUUGGAUUGUUGAAGAGAUGUACAAGCGGCUUGCAAUCCGUGAAGAUUUCAAACUUUGGCGCUCCAACCAAGUACUUAUAAAGGGCGUCAGCACAAGCAAACUUGAUGGCAGCUGCUUCUAACUCAGCCUGUCCGUAUCUUGUCUCAACGUCAGUUAGGCUCGGUUGGCUACGUGACACAUUUUCUACUGUCCGUCGUCACCUUUCUGGCAUAAAAUAGUGCAUAGUCCUCCAGGAACGUUGCUCGAUUUCUCUGUUUUCUUUCCAGCAUCUACGUAGAUUCUUAUCGGUCUUUCGGGAACAAAGUAGGAAAGGGUUGUUUGCUCCGUCAAACUGCUCUUCAAGCUAUCGAAAGCUUCCUGUUCUAUAGGUCCCCAAUGGAAGGUUGAGGUUGACUUCGUUAGCUGUCGCAGCGGUGCGGCAAUCUGGGCAAAGCUGGUGAUAAAUCGAGACAUAUAUCCCACCAUCUGCAGAAAGCUUCUUACUCCUUCUUUUGAACUGGGUUCUCCACAUUCUUGCAACGCUUUCACUUUCGCCUUCGAUGGUUUGAUUCCUUCUCCCGUAAAUCUGACACCAUAGAACUCGACUUCCUCCUUUCCAAAUUCACAUUUCUCCAAUCUUAGUGUUAAUCCAUGGUUUUGCAGACGUGUUAGGACUAGGUCAAGUGUUCUGUUGUGCUCGUUUCGAUCUUUCCCACCAAUUAGACAAGUCGUCUCGAUUACUCUUUACGUGAGGAAUUCCCGCUAGAAUCUCAUUUAUUCGUCUGUCGAAUUCAUCUUGGCUGGUUAUCCAUCCCUGUGCAACCGUUUCGUGCUUCAAAUUUCCCCAGGGCGUGGUCACUACUAGGUAUUUCUUGAAAUCCUUGUCAACUUUCAUUUGGUGAUAGCCAUUGUUCAUAUCAAGAUUUGAAAACACUUUGCAGUCUCCAAACGUUGCCGACAAUUCGUCUACUCCUAGACCAGGUACGAUGCGGGUUCUCGAUGCUCCUUUGUUUGCCACUCGGAAGUCUGCAGUGAUGCGAACAUCAUCGUCUCCUUUUGGUGUGAUGACAAGUGGACUGGCAUAUGAAAUCGGUUCUCUUGGUUUAGUCCAAGUCAUUAUCCCUUCUUGAACAAAAUAAUCCAAUUUCUUCUUGGUUCUUUCUUCGAGAUGGUGUGGGACAGGUCUUGGAGGUUGUAUGACUGGUUUUGCAUCGGCAUUCAUCUCGAUAUAAGUGAGGAUUGGCUCUCCUGUUUCAGGAUUCUUUAAUGUCCCUAUACCUUGGAACAUCUUAUGUUUCUGCAGGAUCUUUCUGAGCUCUUCCUGUGGUACUUUAUCAUCAGGUUUACACUUUCCUUCUUUGUCAUCGCACUUUCUCGCGUCAACUCUCCUCACAAACUUUCCAUCAGCGCUGUAUUUAAUCAUACCAAGAUUCAUCAGUGUUCUUUCUGAUAAUAAUGGGAAUUCAUGAAUACCGUCCUCAAUAACGUAGAGAUCAGUGAGUGUUUCUGCGUUCUUGUUUGACAACUUUGCAUCUUUAAUUGUAGCUAUGACUUCCAGCUCUUCACCAUUCAGGGCGUAGAUCUUCUGUUUUGGUUUCUUUAUUUGUUUCUUGAUCUCAAGAUUUGCUUCAUGAAUUUUCUUGAAAUCUUUAACUGAGAUUAGGUCGACAUCAGCGCCGGUAUCUGGAUCAACGAUAAUCUUGGUUCCACAGAUGUAAACAGGUAACAAAAUGUUGCUAGUAUUUUGUCCUUUUACUGCCCGUAUGCCCGAUUUCUCGCUCACACAUUUGUAAGACUCAGGAUCGGAAUCAGAAGAGUCGACAGAAUCUUGUUGGAAAUCAUUCAUCACAGAACCACCAUGCAAGCCAGCAGCUUUUACUUGCUUCGAUCUGCUGUCGGGUUUUCUUGAGAAACACUGUGCACGGAAAUGACCAAUCUUUCGACAAUUGAAACAUUCUUUUUCAGCAGCUGGGCAUGUAGAAUGUGAUUUGUCACGACCACACUUCGUGCAUGUUUUGUUAUCUUUCACGUCGCUGACGAAUUUUCUCGGGUUUUCGCGAUUUCUAAACGAGUACAGCUUUUGCGAUUUUUCUCUCGAGAAUCUUUUAUCAGCUACUCUUCGUAUUUCGAGUGAUUCUUUCUUAAUUUCCAUUUUCAUUUCGUUUCUUUGUGCUUCGACGUCUUGCUUUGUAGUCACAUACUUUAAGAAGUCUUCGAGUGUCCAGUUGUCUUCCAACGCUUUCGCUUGAAGGCUUUCGUCUUUGCACGUUAAUAUCAAACGGUCUAAAAUCAUUUCUUCGUCGUAUCCGUGAAAGUCACACUCUUUAGCGAGUCGUCGAAGUUCGAGUUCGUAUUGAGCAAUGGAUUGAUUCGAUUGUCGAACGGCUUUGUUAAAUCUAAGGCAGCGUUUACACUGUACCGUUUUCGUAGCGUUCUCGUAUUGUUCUUAAUCCUCAAGGGAACGCGAGACAAUAGUCUAGUUCUCUCGAACAAUACGAGAACGCUACGAAAACGGUACAGUGCAAACGCUGCCUAAACCUCGCGUGCAAUCUCGUGUUUUUCGCCACGUAUACAUGCUCAAUUUUCGCUAUAAGCUUCUUGUAUUCGUCCAAGUCGUCUUCUGGUUCAGCUCCGUUCUCGUCUAUCGAAAGGAUUUUGUCGCCACCAUGAACUAACAACGCUGCUUUCAUAUCGUCUGGCUUUACGAUGUCGAAAUAUUUCAUUUGAAUCUCGAGUCUUCGUCUCCACAAUUUCCAUUUGCAUGUGGUUUCUAAUAUGUCUUCGUCUGGCUCGAAUUCUUCGAUUUUUAACGCCUUUCUCAAUUUAGGAGGCAUACUAACUUUGUUUAUUCCUCGUCGCCAAUGUUAUAAACUCAAAUAUCGGUUUCACUAAAUUGUAUUUUUUGACACGUACUAUACCGACUACAUACACAGUAUUAUUAAUCUAAGUCUAAAAUAGCGUUUUAUUUACUUUAUUAACAUAACAAUAUACUAGAUAAUCUAACUAAUAAUACGCUACAUAAUCAGCUACAUAACUUAGUAAGUUCCAACUGAAUGAGUUCUUAAUGAGUUCUUAAUGAGUUCUUAAUAUUAUAAAACGUUCAUAAUAUUCUCACAACAUCUGUUGACAGUUAUCUAUAUUUAUAUUUUUCUGUACUUUUUUAUUCCCCCCCCCUCCCCCCUUUAACUUGUGCUCCAGGGAAAAUUGCCCCCUCCACCCCUCUGGGCGGCCUUGACUGCACCUGCAGUUACGACUAUCUAUGACAGCAUAGUUUCAUAAUCACACGCUUGCACUAAAGAAAUAUUUUCGUCUUGGUAAAUGAGAGGCGGCUUAGGCGUGACAAACCUUUAGAGGAGUUCCAGGGGCAUGCACCCACAGAUAACGUUGUAAUCUAGGCUCUCUAAAAGGGCAUUCUCGUGGUGAAAGCAAUAUUUUACUCAUUCUCUAUACCCUUAUUUAUAAAGUAUUUUUUGCACUACUCGAAAUAGAAUGCAUAUCUUAAUUCACGCAACCUUAUAUUCCCUAUGUAUAAUUGUUUCAUCCGUUUUUUCAAGUGUCCGAUGCAGCUACGAUGGCAAUAGACAGCUCGAAGUUUGGAAGGACAAAUGAAACCUCAAGUGAAGCUUCAAGCUCAGGUAAUUGUUUGGUUACGGUUAGAUUUUGACUAUACAUUAGUUUGCAAUUUACGUUUCCGUGAAAAGAAAUAUUUUCGUUUUGACAAAUGAGAGGCGGCUUAGCCUUAGGCGAGGCAUGCACCCAGAACAUUUUGCAAUCUAGGCUUUUUCAAAGGGCAUUUCCUUCAAUAUGCGGGGACAAUCUAUAGAAUUCUGAAAAUUAUACACUAAUUACAAAAUGUUAAGUAUCAUUCACUCCAUUUUCCAAGUACAUGAAGAGAUCUUAAUGCGAACUUUCACGUGUCUUUCAAGUAUUUUUCUGCUCAUUGCCUCAUUUCUUGUCAAUUAACAACUUAUCACAGCAAUAUCACUGCACAUUUUGCUUUUAUCACUGCACAAAGUGGUUAUCACUGCAAGCACACUAAAAUUAGGUAUGUUUUAUAUUCUCGUGGUGAAAGCAAUAUUUUCCUUAUUUGCUACGCUUAUUCAUAAAGUAUUAUUUGCACUACUCGAAAUAGAAUGCAUAUAUAUAUAGUAAUUCACUCAGCCUUAUAUCUCCUAUAUGUUUAAUUGUUUCAAGCACCCGAUGCAGCUAGGGUAGAAGACAGCUCGAAGUUUGGAAGGCCAAAUGAAACCUCAAGUGAAGCGUCAAGCUCAGGUAAUUGUUUGGAUACAGUUAGACUUUAUUAUACAUUAGUUUCCAAUUGACCAUUUGCGUAACAGACCAAAUUUUGAACUAAACAAGUCUAGACAAAAAUUUCAUCACAGCUUGAAAGAGCAUCACAAAAUUAGUAACAUUCCAAAGUUUCGUUUGCGAAAUGUUGAAAAAUGCGGAAAAUAUAGCCUUGCAAAAUUUGCAAUUUUCAGUCAUUUUAGAUUACAAACGGGAAAUUGACAGCCCCAAACCCUUCGCGGCUGUCAAUUUCCGGUUUGUAAUCUAAAAUGACUGAAAAUUGCAAAUUUCGCAAGGCUAUAUUUUCCGCAUUUUUCAACAUUUUGCAACAAAACUUUGGAAUAUUACUAAUUUUGUGAUGCUCUUUCAAGCUGUAAUGAAAUUUUCGUUGAGAUCAAGAUUUAGUCUAUUACGCAAAUGGUCAAUUUACGUUUCCGAUUUUAGAAGACCAUAUAUUUCUGUGCACACUUUGUAAGUACCGAGUGUGUUUUUAUCAGAUUUUUUUGCAGCAUUUUUAUUGAAUGUAAUUCAUAAAAGCUGGUAGUACGUAAGCUUAGUUUUGAACGUGGAAAAGAAAUGUUCUUUUGUACGGGAUUUUAAGCUGUUGCGUUAUUUCUAUGGCUCUUUAAAGAGGCAUCGAGGGAACCGAUGAGUUGGCCUGUUCUUGAUUGCAGUCCAUAGGAAUUUUUAGUCAUAUUAAGCAUUGAAGAUAAUUUUUCCUUAUGUAUCUAAGUUUUGUAGGCAUGUUUUUUGUUGUAAUAUGGAAUUUUAAAUUAUUUACAGGUUUUCAAUCGACAGGAGACUCCUAUCCCAACGGAUCUGUGCCCGGUAUAUUGACAGUUAAAAUAAUAAUCAUUACUAUUAUUACCUCCGCCAGGAAGUUAUGUUUUCAUCUGCGUUUAUACAUAGUCUGUCAAAAAUUUGAUGGUUUAGCUGGUAGGCCGGCAAACUUCAUAGCCACAAAAUCGAAGACCUUUGGGUGAUGUUGAACUGUGCCUCGCCGUGCACAAAUCCUGUGUCUCAACUUCAUUAAAUAUUAUUCAUCGUGGUUACACGUUUCAUCUCAGCUAUCCCUAUUGGACGAUUACUUCAUUAUACGAAAAUACAAUGAACUCAAUCACCGUGACCGUGCACAAAUUAACAUAAACUCCGACAAAAACAUAAUACAAUGACUUCUGUUCAGUUUCCAGACAUCAUAUCUGAUAGACUAGGGUUUGCAUGUUUGUGUGUCUGUCUCAUCCUCAUCGUGGACGAAUUAAACGUCUUGUGCUAAGUGCGACUAAUAUAAAUACGGGAUGAACGGAAAUAAGACGGCGAACCACUGAGCUAUAAUAUUAUUUAUUAUAAUAUUGCCUUUAACUAAAUACCUCGGGGUUUUCCUAUUGGUUUGUUGUCUUUCGCGGGUGAGAAUUACGUGCAUGACUUUUCAAUCUUUGUACAAAUGGUCAAAAGUCGAAAAAAUAUUAAAAACAGCGACAAUUUAUUGCAAAAACGUCAAAAAGCAAAAAAAUAUAUUUUUGCUAAAACCAGGGGGUUGAAAAUUGUAGCGGGUUCAGAAUUGAGCCUGGUCAGUGGUAAUUCCAUGAGCUGGAGGAACCAGUUGUCUUGGAAAUGGCGUCAUAUGGCGCGAAAAUCCGCCAUGGUUUUGCGGUCACUUUUUAUGCCGAGCACUUCCUCCGAUAAUAGUAUAGCUCGGUGGAACAGUUGGGUAAUUUGUCGACGCUGACCGAAAUAGCAGGCUCAUUUCUUCUUGAGUUGCCUUUUUCGCGAAGGCACAAAUGAGAACAACGAACCUAACUUCGAAGAACUUGAAUUAACCCUAUCUGAGAUAGAAGUUUUCUUCGCAUUACGAGCUUUAGGCCCAGACAAAGCACUUGGACCAGAUGGUAUUCCCAGUGUCCCAGCAGAUUUGGACCCCUCUCAAAAUGCCCCCCCCCGGCCCCCCUCCCAGUCCAAAUCCGCUAACGAACAUGGACCGGGGAGUCCAUGUCCGGUAGUGAAUAUGGGCUUGUGGUAGUCUUUAUUCGCUAGCGGAUUUGGACUCCCCUCGCCGUAUUUUAUCAUUGCAUCGUAUUGUAUUUUGAAUAUUGUAUCAAAGCAUUUUAAAUUGUCAUAAAUCUCUGAUGCUUAAUUGCUCAAAUAAAAACGGAAAAUGAAAAUAUAUUUCAAAUUAUUUUUGCUUUAACAUACCCAUAACAAAGUGAUGCAUUCCAUUCAACCCUAAAUUUUUAUAAAAUUAGCAUCUCAUCUCAAAAUGGACUCCCCGCCCCCCCCCAGCCCAAAUCCGCUAACGAAUAUGGACCGUGGAGUCCAUGUCCGUUAGUGAAUAUGGACUUAUGGGAGUCUUUAUUCGCUAGCGGAUUUGGACUCCCCUCGCCGUAUAUAACGUCAUAACGUCAAUAACUUGUUUUCGUCAUUAAGUAAAUUCCAAGAUAGUUGAACCAUGCCAUUAUAAUUCAUAAAAGCUGGUAGUGCCUAAGCUUUAGUCUUGAACGUGGAAAACAAAGUAACAAAUGUUCUUUUGUACGGGACUUUAAUUUUAAGUUGUUGCGUUAUUUCUAUGGCUCUUGAAAGCUAGAGGUAUCGAUGGAACCGAUCAGUUUGCCUGUCUCCAUUGCAGUCGAUAGAAAUUUUUAGUUAUAAGCGUUGUAGAUAAUUUUUUCCCCAUGUAUAUAGGUUUUUUUAAGCAUGCAUGUUUUGGUUGUAAUAUGUAGUUUUAAAUUAUUCACAGGUUCUCAAGCGACAGGAAAGUCCUAUCUCAAACGAUUUAUGAACGGUAUGAAUCAGUUAAUAUAAUAACCACUAUCUAAUCACUAUUAUGACCUCCGCCAGGAAGUUGUAUUUUUAUUUGCGUUUGUAUAUGUGUGUACAAUGUCUUAUUUUCAUCCUCGUUCUCAUCCUUAUUGUGAUUUUUAGUGUUGUCGUUCACCAUAUCGUUGUUCUUAUUCUCUUUGUUAUUUUUGACUUUUCAUCCAGGGUGCGAUAAUUCGUACCUGACUGCUGCUCUAAAGCUACGUUUACACACAGCGAUUAAUCGGGAGGAUUUCAGGUUUUGCCAAAUGUUAAUGACACUGAGUAAAUACAUAUACAGAGCUGUAACUGACCGUCGUAAACACUGCGCAAGCUUACAUUUUCAUGUACACACUUUUUUUCAGGCGACCGGGCAAAAAAUGAUCAACUGCGCGUGCUCAGCAAGUUCCGCGAGCCGUUAAAGUGAGUCGUCAUCAGGUCGUCAUCCAAUCAGAUGCAUGCAUCUAGUAACUUGCCGAGCACGCGCACAAAAAAAGUGGGUACACUAGUUAUAACUUUGUAUUUGUAUCUACUCUGUGUUAAUGACUUAAGGUGAUUCAUCAGUAAUUGUUCUGGAAAUGAGAAUUUGCAGACCGUUUAUGAUAUGCUCAUAAUAAAAACAGAAAAAAAGUUAGGGUCACCGAACUCGUUUUGAAGAUAUGACAAGUGCAAUAUGCCACCUUUCCCCAGUAUGGCGCCGUCUUGACGCUUCCAGGAAGUAUAGCGCCGUCUUGACGCUUCCAGGUACGAGUUACAGGAACAUUCGCAAUUGCGCAACAGUUACUGAAUUUUUUAACAAGGAUCCUAUUAAAAAUGCUUAUCUAGUGAUUAUUUUCCGAGUGGGAAAAAAAGUACGACUGUUUGAUUUACUAUAACUUACAAAGUAAAAGAGCUAUUACACUUGGAUAAGUCACCAUAUAUUCCACGAUGUUUAACUUAAAUUUUGAUAUAUGUCUUGUACCUUUUCAUGCAAUAUUGACUGAAAUAACUGUGUUUAAUCUUAAGCAAACAUUUUUGGAACCGCCGAGAAUUAUAUGAAAAGGCCCUAUUAAAACCAAUUGAAUAACCGUUACCAUUUUCUUGCGAUUAUUGUUUCAAUUAGUGGGUUGGUUUGACGAGGUCAGUUGUUCUUGGCCCACACUUUGUUGAAAGAAAUCUCGACACGAGAGAGUACCUCCGAAUCAUACGUUACAACGUUGUACAGAGAGACUUUCGUGUUAAUAUCGAUAGGGAUGACAUGUGGUAGCAGCAAGAUGAAGCUCCUUCCCAAACCAACAAUGCAAUACCUUCGGAAACAAUUCCCUGGCGGAGUUAUGAGUAAUGGUGACGACUGGCUUUGGCCACAUCGCUCUCCUGAUCCAACAGUAUACGCGAUUUUUUUUUGUGGGGGGGGGGGUGGUGGGGGGCUAUUUGAAACAUAAAAUGUGGAAUGUGCCACAUGAUCAGCAACGACACAAUUUGAGUAUAUAUUAAUAUUUAAUAAGCCAUUUUUAGCCAAUUUCGUCAGUUCCAAAAAUGAUUUACUCCUGUUUAAAUGCAUGUAUCUUCGUCAAUAUGGCAUAGAAAUGUGCAUGGCAUAUAUCAAAAUGUAAGUUGGAUAUCGCUGAAUGCCACUAAACUUGUUUUAGUGUUAUUGCUUUUUUAGUUUUGCUUUAGCAGCAUUUCAAACAGUCGUACUUUUUUUUUGCCUCGCCCGGUACAAGAAAACAUACUGUAGUAUUUUAGCGAGUCAACAACCAUUGACGUGCAUUGUCGUGGUGCAAACAUGUCUUUUCCCAUCUUUUCAGACAUGUUAUUAUGCGCGAAAAGUGCAAAAUAGAGUAAAUAAGAACCUGUUCAGGUUAGAAUUUCAAAAUAGAUUCUUAUAUUAUCAAAUAGAGUCAAAAUUAAGUCAUAACUUACAAUCAGUGUAGCGUUAAAGUGCAUAUAGGGUUGGAAUGGCAUAUCCACUGUCAUUUUUUAGAUCAUUUGUGCCUAAUUUAUAUGAGGGUUUGAAUGGGGGGUUGUGCAUGUCAGUUGUCAGUUAAAAUUUAGCUUGUUUGUCAGCUAUCAGUUAAUAUUUUGGCGUGUCAGUUAAACACAGUUAAUAAUUAACUUGCCAAAUUCUGUUUGGGUAAUUAGUCGUUUUUCUGACUUUCACGAAUUUUAUGUGUUUUAUGGCGAUUAAUUCGAUCUUUUAUUCAGAUUUCUAAUUUGCUCCUGAUCAAAGAGUCACCGAAGUAUGGAAAAAAGUUCAAUCAAACUUCAAUUGUCAGUUAACAGUAAAGUUUUACUUGUCAGUAAACAGUUAAAAAAAUCGUUAUUUGUCAGUUAACAGUUCAACCUUGCAUCAACUUUUGAAAUUUUAGGUGACGGUAAACUGAUACCACCGAAGUAUGGAAAAAAGUCCAAUCAAACUUCAAUUGUCAGUUAACAGUAAAGUUUUACUUGUCAGUAAACAGUUAAAAAAAUCGUUAUUUGUCAGUUAACAGUUCAACCUUGCAUUAACUUUUGAAAUUUUAGGUGACGGUAAACUGAUACCUUAAUUCCAUCGGCCUUAUGCAAAUUCAACUCUUGUAUAAUGACUAAAAGUUGGUUUGUAGAGGGACAACUUAUACAAAAGAUAUGAAUACAUUAGCUUCAAACUAGGGACAAGUUCAUGGACAAUGGACAUCCCUAAUAUAUGGACAUUGAUAUUUCACCAAUAUGUAAAUAUGACUAUUAAAUAUAUAAAAGGAUUGCUGUUGUAUUACUUGUAUAUGUAUAUGUACAAGUGUUGUGCUGUGGUAUCUAUGGACUAGAAUUUCUGAGGGGGUUGAAAAAGCCGUUUCUGAGGGGUUGUGUGCAUCGGCAUCCUUUGAUCUUUGCAUUUUUUCUGAGGGAUAAGGCAAAAAUUUCUUAAUUUCUGGGGGGGGGGGGCACUUUGAUCUUUUGUCUUAGGGGUUCAAAUUUUAUUGAACUCGUCCAUAGGGGGUGUAUACAUUAAUGGAAUGGCCCAAUGCACCCAGAUGCACCCUACUUUGUUAGUUUACUCUGUCUAACGCCAGACAAUUUUACUCGUCAGGUGGAGGGUGCAUGGCGCCACUCAAUGGGUUAACAUAGUCGAUGAACAUGCCAAAUGAUCCUUGACCGUGGUAGUACAUUUUUGCACUUGCUGGAUGAUAUUGCAACCAAACAUUGUUUCAGAGGAAGAGCCCUGAGAUCAUGCUGUGUAGCAAUUGGAAUCUCGCAUAGAGCCUGCUCUCACAUAAAGCAGGCAAGACCUUCACUCAGAAGCCAGUCCUGAUUAAUAUUAAUUCCCCACAUAAACACUUGGAAACCAGACUGUCCCAUCUGCCAUAUGCAGGACAAAAAAACAUGCAGCCUGGACUUUAACUGUUAAACAACCAAAUCAGCAUGAUAAACAGUGUGAUGAUUUUUGUUUAGCCCAAACCAAAGCCAGGUUUCUAGAAUUAAUUUGCAGAAUCCUAAGAAUUGGACCUCCAACAUGAAGAGCUAGCUGUGCUAACCAAGUUGCAUGGGCAACCCUGAAUUGACGUGACUAGAGCAAACCUUCAAAAAAUAAUAGAGAGAUCAGAUUUGACUUCCACUACUGCUAUUGCUAUCAUUAACUAUUAACCAGAUAAGUUUCAUUUAUCCAAUCACACAAUCGGAUGCAACUGCCAGAUCAAGUAGUGGUAGUGGAAGUCGAAUUUGAACCUUUCUAUAUGGAUUUCAGAGAGACCAGUCAUUAUUUGCUGAUAUAUUAUUAUAAAUUGUAUAAUCAAAAGCCACUAUAUAUUCAUUUAUGAUAUUAAAAAUUUAUAUAAUUUUAUCUAUAAAGUGAGAAUAAUUUUUAAAAAAUAUUCAUUAUAUAAAAUGAUUCAUGCAUGCUGGUGAUUGAAUAAACCAUGAAGUGUGCAUUCUGAAUCUCUACAAAUUCCUUGACAUUAUUUUUCCAGUACAGUGUAAAACUAUAUAUAUAAAUGUGACACAGGUUGCAGGUAUUAGGUUGCAUGUCCAUCAGUGUGCUGAAAUACCAUCCAGUGACCCAGUCUUGUUCAUUGUUACUUGCAUCUUGCUUAAUUCAACUGUUUUUGCCCCAUUUCUUGUACCCAUAAAGUUCUUUUCAAUAAUCUAGAAAACUUCAAAAUCAUUCAGUAAAUUUAAUUUUAAAAUUGGGUGAAAGGUAAGGGGUCAAUAAUAGAUGAAGAAAUCAUUUCUUAUUGUUCAUACAUAUGGCCCCCAUCUCUGUCAGGUAUUAGAGUAGAAAUUUAUUGAAGCCUGAAGUUAGAAAAUAAAUAUGGCAACAAGGUUACAUGCCAUACUGCAGAGUUAGGCAAUUUUUUUAAAGAUCUCAAGGGCACAAAAGGUAUAAAUAUAGAUUGUAGGGGCAAGGGAACAAAAUAAUGAAAUUUUGAGAUUCGGGGGCAGGUUUUACAAUGUGGUGCUAAAACUUUUCCCUAAAAAAUCCGUGACCAGCUGGAGUACUGGCUGAUGUUUGACUAUUGAAAUAUCCUUGCAGGUUAGGUUCAUCAGAUUUUAGCUUUGUCAACCUGGCCACUCUGUUAUUACAGUAAUGGCUCAUUUAAAUAAUUUCAGGUCAUUACUGUAAAUGUAAAUACAAAGUAUUUGAAGUUAAUACUGCUGUAAAAUGUAGUUUAAUAAUAUUGUAUUAAAGUGUAAAUACGUUUCUAAAGUCUGGCCACGUGUUUCUCAAUAUUCACAAUAUUUAACUACAAUUGUACAAAUUCAGCUAACUAUAUUAACAUACUGUAUAAAAUAUAUUACAGUAAAUAGCCUUCGAAAUAUAUAUUUCAUAGAGCUAGACAGUGUAUAAACAAAUAAUGGGAAUCUGCUAAAUAAUUUGUAACAAUGAAAUACUUCUAAACAUUUUCAAAUUCAUAUAUACUGUACCUUUUUAUACUUGAUGGAAAUCAUCACAAAUAGUAUGUACGAGAUUGGCUCCAUUUUCACUGCUUCGAAAUUCGAAACAUCGCCUCCUCGGCGAUUUACAUGAUACGAUAUAAAAGAAGAUUGAUGUACAUUCGACGUAACAUAUUAAGAAGAAAGAUUACAACAAAAAAUAAAAAAAUAUAAAUAAUCCGCGGCAAUUCAAGAUCCAUUCGUGAACUUUUCGUCGCCCCCUGUCUUUAUUUCCACAAAGCCCGCUCGCAGGCUAAUACUCCAAGAAUCUUGGAGUAUUUGCCUGACACGUGACCAGCGUUUACCAGGGCUAUGUCGCCGCCUUCAAUUCGCGACUAGUCCUGGGUACGAGGUUGUUUUCCGAUAUGACAUGUAAAACGUGUUACGAGGCUUUAUUUAGGUAGUGAAUCGUUACAGGUUUAUCUUUUAUUACGGUUCUAAUUGUUCAUUCAUUCUUCUUCAUUCUGAGUUUCGUUCUUCUGCUUUUAUUCUGAGUUCUGCUUGACUUUGCAUGCACUGCUAGUUCUGCAUACCCAUGCAGCUAGUUGAGCUAGCCACCUCCUUGUAUACUGGAACCUUGCUCAUGUGACUACAAAAGUGGGGUGAUUCAAGUCCAACCAUGCAAUCAGCACCGAGGUGGUGUACUUUCGAACUCUCGUACCAUCACUCUAUCUUUGUUUAUUCAAGGCGUUGUCGAUUAUAGCCAUUAUAUGCUCGGUUUAUCAAAUUUAAGAAUGUUCAUAACUGAACUAACUUAGACUUAUCUUAUAGGAAAAUGUUCAAACUAUAAGCAUAUAAACCUUAUUUUACGAAUUUACUUAUUUAUUAAAGGGAACUUAUCGAAGUACGCUUUUGAUGACGUAAUAUUUUAAUUGAAUGACCGAGUGUUAUCUUGCUUGGGAUGACUCAUUUGAAAGGUCAAUGUUCAUGAGACCACGUGAAAGGUCAAUGUUCAUGAGACCUCAGGCAGCUGCUCUUUUUAAACAAAUCUGCCCACAAGAUAAACUUUAGGGAACAGGUCAAUCACAACAUGACUUCUUCACAUACACAACGGCAGCUAGUCUAACAAACUGUCAUAGCCCAAUGGAAGAAAUAACAAAUGUUUUCCGAAGAACCGAAAUAUAUUUACUUUCCUUUGAUUUGUGGCAAAAUAUCCAUUAUCUCCUCUCAUUAUGCUUAGAAUGAUAUUUGCUUGCACGAACAUUUUACCUGCUCUCAAGCAAACAUAUUAUGUUAUUUUAUUUUUAAACUAAAAUUUUAUGUAUGAGAGUGCUCCUUAACAAACGUAUAGAAGAACAAAAAUGUAAAAUGAGAAAGUGGGGCCACGGACCUUCUUAAAGAGAUGCAAGGGUUAAACAUGCAACAUGAUGUGGUUCAGAAUGCUAGUUGAACAGGAGCCAUAGCCAGAGUUCUGUUAUUUUUGAAGGAAUAUUUCCUAAAGCACGCCUAAUCAAUGCAGAGUGUUUUUCUCUUUGCCCUUCCUCUUUAUUUAUCACUUUGCAUUGUAGUUUGACUACAUAUCUUAGCUAGAAUUUGUUAUUAGAUAUGCGCAGUAAAAGUGCGCAAUGCAAAACUGAUGAAUCACCUUAAGACUCCAGGUGUACUUAGUAUUAAAAUGAAGUACAUACAGAUUUUUGAAAGGUUUCAUUCAGUAACCUCUGAAACUACAAGUUCGAACAAGGAGAACAAUUGCAUAGUUACACAAACAUACAGUUGACGCCAACAUACAUGCAUGAGAUACUUAUGACGUAUCAUUUAUGUACGUAUCUCAAGCGGAUUGAAAAUCACCCCAGAAAAGUCAAUUACACAUUAUAGUAGUGGUAAGCAACAUUAUUUCUCAAUUUAAUACAAUAUUUUAGCAUUUUUUGACAAUAUAUAUUCUGUCAUAGUAUAAGCUAAUAUAAAAAUAUAAAUAUACCCCCAACCACAUGUGAGCUUUGGAUGCCUGUGAAUAGAAAGCAGGGGUGGAAAAAUUUUUUUUCUUUCUGGGAACCUGGGUCAAAGGUUAGAAAUUUUCUGUAAAAUUUGUAAUGUUACAAUUACAAAAAUAACAAAACAAAUGCAUAAUUAUUGUAUUAUUUGUACUUUAGUAAUAUGGGCUUUAGGCUGGUUUUCGUACGCUUGUACAUCACAAUAGUUGUUUGUUAUAUACCACAGUUAUAAGUUAUGACCAACUAGUAAGAAUCUUGAUUUUUUCUGUGUUGGUGUUAUGUAAUAAGGUGAAUAUGAUGUUUGUGAUGUUACUCUGAGUGUAUAUCCACACCAGGCAAACUUGAAAAAUAUGCCUGGCCAUGGUGGGAAUCAAACUUAUAUGACCUUUGGAAUACUAGAUUACAUUGAUGUCAAAGGAACUAAACUCAGUUCCGAAAUAUCACAUAUUCGAACCGACCUGAUCGCGUAGCUCAGCUGGCAGAGCAUUGGGCUAGUAUUCCAAAGGUCGUAGGUUCGAUUCCCACCGUGGCCAGGCAUAUUUUUCAAGCUUGCCCGGUGUGGAUACACACUCAGAAUAACAUCACAAACAUCAUAGUAAGGAUCUAACGCUUAACUAAGUGUCCUAUCAUCUUAUUUAUUCCAUCACUUUUAUUUGUUUACUAUUUAAUUUGCAUUUUAUUGGAGACUUUGCAGAGCAUAUAUUUACCAUUUUACCAGUCAUUGUGAUGACAGGGGUGGGUAAAAGAAUUAAUUUCUGUCAAAUAUUUAAAAGCUGCUGAUGUUAGCGUGUACAGUGUAAAUAAAGUAGAAUAGUUGUAACUUGUAAGUUGAGUAAUCAGGGUUAUCUCAAAAUGUUGAAAUAUUUUCUGGAAAAUUUUCUGCAAAGCUCUCAACUCAAAAAAAUUUCUGGGAACUAGGUUCCCAGGUUCCGAUACUUUUUCCACCCCUGAUAGAAAGUAUGGAAUGUUAAAGUUUUUGCAAUGGGUAUUACAAACUUAAGUUGUCAUUUGUUUCGCCUCUGGUUAUUCCGGCUCUUGCAAUAGUUGGUCAACUACACGUGCCACCAUGUAGGUGUGUUUAUUAAGAGGCAAUGGCCUAAGGGCAAAUUUGAAAAUCUUGAAGUUUUCUUGAAUGUUUCGCUGUUUGUCUAGCUUUGGAAACAGUUCUCACGAAGCAAACAUAUUUCCCAAUAAAUUCAGAAACACAUUUUGUUUCUCCAUGUGAUUUGUUUAACGGAAACAACUGUUUGUUUGUCCACUUUCGAGAAGAAGGCUGUAGCAGACAUUGUUUCCUGAUUUGCUCAGCUUCGGGAAACAUGGCUAGGAAACAAUGCUUCCUGGUUUACCCACCUUCGAGAAACAUGGCUAGAAAACAAUGUUUCCUGGUUUGUCCAUCUUCGGGAAACAUGCCUAAGAAACUAUGUUUCCUGGUUUGUCCACCUUCGGGGGCCAUUCAAUUUAAUAUAGGCACCACCCCCCCCCCAUUGAGGGGUCCCUUCAUAAUCCCCUUAGAGUAUAAAAAUUUUAGAACCCCCUUGGAUGCGAUUUUUAGAAGUUGCCCCAUGGAUAUCUUUAUACCCCCUUUAGGAUAUCGUUUUUACCCCCGUGGAUAUCACUAAAACACCUAAUUUUUUCUAUUUUUUGGAAAAUUUCUUAAGCUACCCUCUAGGAAAAUUUAAGGUAAAAAACCCCUCCAUAGGGUACCCAUCCAGACCCCUCAAUAGGGGGGGGGGUUGCCUAUAUUAAAUGGAAUGGCCCCGGGAAACAUGACGUGCAUGGAAACAAUGUUUCAUGGUUUGUUCACCAACCUUUUGAAAUAAAAAAAUCCUGAAGAAAGUCUAUCUUGUCUUUUAUUAUAGACACCAUUGAUUCACAAAAACCACCAAAGAAAAGAAAGAAGAAACGAGGAAGAUCAUCACGCACAAAUCGCCGACGAAUGUCAUGGAAAGAAAGCCCUAUGUGUAGUUCUUGUACUUCAAAAGACGAAACACAGCUCUCAAGUGACCGGGAGAAAUGGCCCAUUGCUAAAAUCGAAAUUGGUUGUUUUCACGAAAUUUGCAAACUACUCGACUUAGCUUAUUGUAGCAAGGAACCACUUGUGAACGCUUUAGGUAGCUUCGACCAAACAACGGCUGCAGGUAUUAAAAUAGCAUACGAAGUAAAGGGAGGAUCGGGGACUGCCGAAGUAAUACUCGGUAAGUGGGGAUCAUCAGAUCAAGAAAAUAAUAAUGUGGGGGCUCUUAAGAAGAUUCUUAAAGAUACCAUGCACAGGGAUGAUGUUGUUGUCGAGAUUGAAAAAUGGGAGAAGUUGUCUGUUUGUCAUGGAUGCGGUAUUAAAAUGCACAAACGACGGUGAUCCCAAUACCAUUACUGAAUGGAAAUCAAUAUUACCAUUUAGCAAAAGGAAUAUAUCACACACAAAAAAAUUACAAAAUUAACUAACUAAAACACGACAAUCAAUACUACCUCGUACCCAGAGUCUUUCCUCUUGGGGAGCAAAGACCCUGGUGGACGCUGGUCACGUGAUCUGCUAAAAUCUAGCAGAUUUCUGUUACGAAAGUCACCGAACUGUGGAAUCGCAUAAAAAAUUCGUUCAUCGGCCACUCCCACAAACGUCUAAGACCGCACCUACAUCGUUUUGCAUGUUUACAAUUCUAAUUUUGAACAGCCAAUCAGGUUCUUGGUAACAAUUACAAUUAAACGUCGAUUGGCUGUUUAAAAUUAGAAUUGUAAACAUGCAAAAAUAUGGAGGCGCGGUCGUAGACGUUUGUGGGAGUGGUCGAUAUACGAAUUUUUGAUGCGAUUCCACAGUUCGGUGACUUUCGUAAUAAUUAACUAUGUUGGAUUCCUUUACGACAAGCAUACAAAAUGCAAAUUAUUAAUUAAACGAUCAAAAUAAUCCAAAUAUCAAAUAUUUAUUGACCUGAUCUUGGAUUGCUAAUUAAAAAUCUGCUAGAUUUUAGCAGAUCACGUACCCAGCAUCUACCAGGGUCUUUGCUCCCCACGAGGUUGCAAUCAUUAUCCUAAAUUACCGUGUUAUUUAUCUGUCUGUAUAAACACAUGAGCUUUCAUUUGGCCGUUAUAUUUGGCAUAGCCAAAAUGUUAUUAAUUUUGUGCACUUAAUAUUUAUAGAAAUUCCAUUUAAUUUGAAAAAAAUCAUUUAGUUUUACUUAAUAUAACUUUAUGACUUCUAUAUGAUUAACAGCAAUUGCACCUAAUUAUAAAAUUAAUUAACUACUACCACUAAUAUGUAAAUAUUCUUAGAUCCUUUUAGAGACAGUUAGUGUAUAGUAUUUUAAUAUUGUUAGAUUAAUAUUCUUAGUUAGUGUAUAAUAUUAUAUAUUCUUAGAUUAAUAUUCCUAGAGUUAGGGUUAAUAUUCUUACAUUAAUAUUCUUAGUUAGUGUAUAUAAUAUUAUAUAUUCUUGGUUCCUUUUAGAGAUAGUUAGUGCAUAGUAUUUUAAUAUUUUCUUAACUUGUAAAUAUAAGCGUAAUUCAGCCUAUUGGCUGCAAUAUUUUUAUGAAAUAAACCAUCUAUCUUUCUAUCUACAGGGUGUCUCAGAAAAAAGUAGACAAUUUUGAAAUGGCUCUCAAUUUCACAAAUCUGUUCGGGUCAUGAAAUUUUUGAUAAAUAUAGAUUGUUUGGGUAUAAUGUAGAAUAAACAAAGCAAUUUCGUAAAGACAAAUUUUCCAGAGCAGGGGGUGUCUCUUUUAGCAGCAUUAAAAAUAGCUUGCGCGCUAAAUUUAAAAGGUUGAAACGCAUUUUGAGCUCAUGGGCGAAAAAUGUGUUAUGUGUUUUAUUAAUGGUCUAUAAUGUUUUUACAAUCACAAAAUGCAAAUUAGGUAAAUGCAUGAAUUAUGCAUGCGUGAAAGGCAUUGGUGCCAACAAAUGAAAGUUUCAGCAGCUAUUUGAAGGACUUAAAAUUCAGCAAAUUUUCUGAUAUUUGGACCAUUAAUAAAACACAUAACAAUGUUCUCAACCAUCAACUCAAAAUGCGUUUUAACCUUGUGAAUUUCGCGCGCAAAAACUAUUAAACUUUUGAAUAUCGCGCGGUAAAACUAAACUAUUGCCAUUUCAGAAAUUCUACACCUUUGGUGAAUUUCGAUUCCUAAAGGCCCCUUUUAGAUUCGCAAAUUUUUGCUGCGAUUUUAAGUGCGAUUUUCUUCUUCUGAUGGAUGUGAACGAGUGGAUAUGAAUGUUGAGAUGAGGGUACAUAUACUCAGAACAUUCAUAACUCAUCUACUCAUUCACAUCCAUCAGAAAACCACAGAAUCUAAUCUUGAAGUGUCUGUGUCAGUGUAGGUAGUGGCAAUAAUAUGAACAAGCUUUCGUUGGUAGGGAUGCAACUACCUGAAAAAUAUAAGCAGAAUUUCGACGUUUCCAGCGAAGGUCCUUGGUCUGGAGUUACUAACCAAACUCCCGACGUAGCGCCUUCGCUCGAAACGUCGAAAUUCUCCUUAUAUUUUUCAGGUAGUUGCAUCCCUAUCAUGAACGAAAGCUUGUUUACAGAAUCUAAGGGACCGCUCAUUAUUUAUUGUACAGGGGGGGGGACUGAGGAGAAACUCUACCUACAGUUAUAAUAUUUUUUCGUUGCCCCCCUCUUAAGACAAGUAAAAUUUUCAAAGCCCCCCCCCCAACAAGCAAAACAAGAACAUAAGUUUUGCCCCCCCCCCUCUAGCUCUUUAUCUUUAUUUAGAGAAACAAAAACUCUAGCUGUUUAUUUUAGAGAAAGAAAAAUAGGUAAUGGGGACCAAUAGACAUUCCCAUUAUAGACUAAUUUUUUAUCUUAGCAAAAAAAGUAUAUUCCCGGGAAGGGCAUACUAAAAUUAGUAAAAUUCCAAAGUUUGGUUGCAAAAUGUUGUAAAAUAUGUAGAAAAUAUAGCCUUUCAAAGUUUGCAAAUUUUGUAUUCUUUUGUAUAAUUGCAAUUUUCGCAUUCAAUACAAAAGUGUACAAAAUUUGCAAACUUUGCAAGGCUAUAUUUUCCGUAUUUUGCAACAAUUCGCAACCAAACUUUGCAAUAAUUUACUUAUUUUAGUAUGCUCUUUCUAGCUGUGGUGAUUUAUUUGCAUCAAGCCGGAUUUUGAGGGAAGUGUGGGGAGGUGCGCACCUCCCCAGAGAAUUUUUCCACCUCUCUUGAAAGGUCAUGCACUUCCCCUUGGGAAAGUUUCAAUGAUGGAACAAAGUGAAAAUGUGAUGGUUGCUUAAGAUCUACACUUUGUGACGUAAGAAAGUUUUCUCUGUAAAAUUGAAACAGUGAUAGCCAUGUCAAGCACCCUUUUAAUGCAAUGUUUUGAAAGAAACAGUGUAGCAAUUGUAAUGAAGGGCAAGAUUGGAGUCAUACAUUCAUAAUUCAUUAAUACACUGGUACAUAUUAUGUACACUACAUGCAUACCUCACCUCGUUGAUAUUGGCCUGUUCUACAAUAAUAAGCCCUAACUUUCCAUGGGAGUUGUGAGCUAGACUGCUGCACCUCUCCUAAAAUUUUUGUCCACCUCUCCCACUAUAUUCACCAAAAUCCGGCCUUGAUUUGCAUCUCUUUGCCUAGUUCUAAAAUUAGUCUAUAAUGGGAAUUGUCUAUUUACAUGAACACGAGAGACUUUUUAUUUGACUUCCAUUUAUGAAUAUUAAAGUCUAUAAAUAUUGUUAUUUGUUGUUAAGUUGUUUUGUGAUACAUUUUUAAAACUACUAAUGUUUUUUCAAACUGGUAAAUAUUUUCAAAGCCCCCCUUCUUUCGUCUCUCUGUAUUUUUUUCAAAGCCGCCCCUUUCAGGUUUUGAAAAAUUUAAAGGCCCCCCCCCAGUUUCUCCUCAAUCCCCCCUGUACAAUAAAUACUGAGCGGUCCCUAAUCGCUCUUUAAUAACCAAUGAGGUCAAUUCCACGUUUUUAAUUCAUUCAGAUACAAUUUAAUUCUCAGAUGGUAGUUUUUAUAAUACUUCUAAACGCUUUUCUGUUAUACUGGUAACAUUCUCUGAUAUGACCACGAAUUCUACGCAAUGAAUCAAUUAUUGAGCCUUCACUCAAAACGUCGAAGUUCUCCUUGUAUUUUUCAGGUAGUUGUAUCCCUAUCAACCCAAGUUUUGUUAUUAUUGCCACUACCUACACUGGCAAAGACGGUUCAAAAUAAUAUAUGCACCCUUGCACGUCCCUAACAUACUUACUUUGUGAAAUGAAUAAAUGUCUGGAGCAAUGGUAUUGUUUUUUAUGAAUCUACAGGGCCGUAGCAACCGGGGGGGGGGGCUGGGGGGGCUGCAUCCCCCUCAAUAAUUUGCUAAUAAUGCAAACUUUAUCAUUUAAUCUGUGACAAACUGCAAAGAAUGAAGAUAUUACUCAUACUCCAGAUCGUUCCUCGCGUAGAAAUUUUAGCUGAAUUUCUGUCGCGCAUUUUCAAGAAAAUCCCACAAAAUCUGCACAUUUUUGAUGAACUAAUGAUUUAUUUUGUCUUUUGCGUGUUGGGUCUUGCGGAAGAAAACUCUGAAAAUGCCAUUUCAGACCAUCUAGAGACUCCAGAUUUUCGAAAUUUUCUCAAAUGUUCUGCCUUCAUUUCCGCGCAACUGCCAUUUACGACGAAAUUUCCCGCCGCGCAUUUAUAAUACUACACUCUGGCCCAUACUUUCCUGUAAAUUUCGACAUACUAAAACGCUGUUUUCUGACUAUCAGAAUUCUGUUAAAUCUUCCCCCAAAGUCCAGGAAAUGGCAUUUUAGAGACUCUAAAUUUAAAAAUUUCCUCGGGCCUUCGGCCCUCGCUUUCAGCCCCCCCCCCAAUCGAAAAGAGCUUUCUACGGCCCUGAUCUAGAACUAUGAAUUGAAUUUUUGGUGGCUGUUUUUGCAUUAUUAAUAUGGCAUUGCUUCUGUAUAGUUUUCCUUGGUUGUGUGGAGCGUAUGGGCUGGUUGGUUGAAACAAAAAGAUCCCUCGUCCACAUUUGUACCUCACAGUUAAAAGAGGAGUGAAGAUAUCGUUUGUACGACGUGAACUUGAAGAGAAAUUCAAAUGUGACGACGCUAAGGAACACUUUGAACUCCUUCGAGAACCUGAAAGAAAACCAAAAAUUAAAUAUUUGGGUCUCCUUUUAAGUAAAUUGAGAUGUAAAUCAUCUUCUGUCUCAGCAGCACCUGGUGGUGGUGUAUUAGCUUGCAGUAACCCCAGAUGUACCAAUAAAAACCCUUUACGAGUGCCUGAAGAGAACGAGAAAGUUGAUGUACCUCAGGUCCAGGGAACUGGGACUUUAACCAUGUUUUGCGCCCUCAAUGGACAACAUUAUGCACUCACCUGCUUUCAUGUUGGUUGUGCAACUGAUGAAAACCGUUUAAACGCCGCAUUCAAUAAAGUAGAAGAUGUUCAGAAGAUGCGCAAUUCACUUCCAGCUUAUGAAAGUUAUGCAAAGAAACAGCAAAAUUAUUUUACACAAGACAAUACAGAGAACGACAAUGAGCCCAUCUUAUUUGGAGACGAUGGAACGGAUUGCACGCGUCUUGGUGGUUUUGACAAUUAUCAUUUUGACAACGAAUGUGACAUUUUUGUCUCUGAAAGUUUUGGAUGGCGUUAA